AGUGGGCCGGCGGGCGCCUGCGCCUUGUCGGCGGCCGGUGUGCCAGCGGAGCGGGCGGAUCCCCCACGACGGGGCCCGGCUGACGUGUCUGCGCUACAGAGCAGCCCGGCCCGGCUGUGCCGGCCUGGGUUGAGGGGAAGAGAGGAGAAAAGAGGAGGCGGCGGAAAGCGGGCCGGCGCCUCUCGAAGACUCUGCCUUGCGAGGAGGCCCAGGCGGCGGCGGCGGCGGCAGCUCCUCGGCUGGAAGAAAAAGCCCCGCCCGGCCUGCACCAUGUUCAAUGUGGAGAGCCUGGAGCGGGCCGAGCUCGGGGAGAGCUUGCUCACCUGGGUGAGUGACCGAGGCUUGUGGCGGGGGGGAAAGGUGCCGUUCCCCGGGAGCUUUUGCCCCCUGGGCCUGUGCUCCUUUUCUCCUUCCCUCCCUUUCCCAGUUUGGUGCCUGGGCGGCUUCCUUCUGUCUCUAACUCGAGCUCCCAGUUGGGCCCUGCCAUGCCUCGAGCCGGUCUCUGUUCUUUUGAGGGGCUCCACACGCUUUGCCUCGCUCACCCCGGUUAUGGGCUUCGGCCCCCUAAGAUGUGCCCAGCCUCAUCCUGCUUAUUCAGAUGCAGGCAACCCGCUGGAUUCAUCCGGGCUGCUUAACUACCAACUCACUCUGCGUAUAGUGAGUGGUAUGAUUCUGUGUAUUUAUUUGUUUUCAUAUGCAAAAUUCAGAGUGCGAAGGUGGCAAGUAAGUUUCUGCAAAGCAUGUGUUGGGCAGGUACACAGUCUCAAGGAACCAGCCACUGGUUUCCCUGUGAAGGUCCACCUGGCUUUUGUUUUGUUUUUUAGUGUGUGAAAAAGCACAGUAGAACACCUAGUAUCUCCUUUCUUCUCCCCGUGGAUUGUAUCCAGCAAAAUUUACUUAGAGUAGACCAGCUGUAAUUAAUGGAUUUGAUGUCCAUUAGUUUCAAUAAGUCUGUAUGGACUAUGACUAAUAAUUGGAUUCCGCCCCAUCUUUCUUGUCCUUUGAAGGCAUUAAUGUCAUCAAGCCAUGAAAGGGCUGGGCUUGCUUAUUUCGACAUCUCUCCCUUCACAGCUUUGCUGUAAAUGCAGCUUCUGCUUCCCUUUAAAUCUCAUCAGUCUCUUUUAGUGUUUGCAUAAACUUGUGCAAAACUUCGCACUUGUGGCUACCAGUGGGACAGUUUGCACCUAAUUACAUUUCUUGGUGAAAAACUACUUAAAGGCUAGUACUUGGACUCUACAAGACUCUUGGUUGGUUUUUCUCCAACAGAAUAACAUAGCUAUCUGUCUCUCUUGAAGGUGGGGUAGUGCUUAUAAUCUGUUAAUUUCAGAGAAGUGAGUAUGUAUCUAGUUGUGGUUUUCAGAUGUUGACUUCCAAGCAACUUGGGCAUUGGGGGGAAAUCUACCCACAUAUCCUGUUGUAGUGUGCUUUGUCUAUCUAAAAUCAAUAGGUUGUCUUUGUUCCAUUUUAAAGAGACUUCAGGCAUUUGGGCCCAGAGGAGCAUUAUUUCCACAGGUCUAGAGCGAGGAGUGAUGGAACACAGAGAUACACUGUUGGAGAUAUUUGGGGUAUACCUCCAUGUUGUCAUACUUUUCAGUCUUUUGUAGAGCACUGUGCAGGGAGAAAAUAAAGGCAACCAGCAUUGCUAAGAGGCAAAUAGUUGUAGCUAAUUUCAUAUCUGUAUUUUUCAGCCAGAUGUGUAUGCAGACAGUUGGGAUCCAUGCCUGGUUUCCUAUGCUCUUGUGUGUGAAUCCAUAAUCAAAUACCUUGGAAUACAAUGCUUCUGAAGAUAAAGUUUCCAUCAUGUGCAGGAGAUAAAGAAUAACAACUUGUAUCAGGGUCCUUAACUCUUUUGUAGGUAGUGUUCUUAUUAUUACUUCAAUUAAAAAGAAAUCUGCACCCUUGAACUUAAACAAAUUCAAUUCUGUUGAUUGCAGCAGGGCUAUUUAAGAUCAAAUUCUAUUCUGAAAGAUGCUGUUGCCUACAAACGAAUGCUUUGUUGAUUAAAUUACAGAGCAGUCUUAACUGGACAGAUAUGCCAGUGUAUAUUCAAUUUAAGGUGAGGUGUAUCCUAACAGCCACUGUGUGGGUUUGUGGGGAGCAGUGUAAACCUUUAAUUUCCGACCUACCACUAAGUCCCGUGGACUGAAUUUUAGUUAACCUUAAUUCUUGAUGGUGUAAGUUACACAGAAGUCUGUGAGUGGGACCAGUGAAUGGAGUUAGGAUGCAGCAUAACUUAGUUUUUCCAUGACACGCACCCUUUUUGACCUUUACACCAGAGUAACGUUCCACUGCCUUAAUUUAUGCCAGCAGGGAUUUUUGUCAGCCAUUGUAAGUAGAUAUGCCAGGGUAAGCCAUUUAUAUUGGUUUAUUCUGGGGUGAGAAGAUAUGCCACAGCCUAACCUCUCUCAGCUGACAUAUCUCUGGUGUUAGAAUUGCCUCACCAGUCAAGAACAUGUGAUCUGUUAUCCCUAGAACUAAAUUACCUUCAGGUUGUCAGCAAAAAGUACAUGGACACCAGGGAUAAUACACAACUUCAGUAGGACUUUGCCAGGUGAAAAUUUGUCUCUUACACCUUAAACCUAUAAAUAAAUAAAUAACCAAAUGAAUGUAUGCAGAGUUUAUUGUGCUGUCUUACUGCACUUUGAUUUUUAACAGCUACAUAUUAACUGUGUUAUGUUCGGACAUAGUUAGUUUUGUGGUUUCUGAAAAGGGGCAUAAAUUGCCUCCAGUGUUGUACUUGCCACCCAGAUACUUUGUCCAUUUCUGUGUUUGUAAUGCUAGGUGUCUGGAGGGUGACUGUUGCCAGUGCAGGCUUGAUUCUGCUGUAUUAGUGCAACAUCCUGUGAUGUUUUCCAGUUAGCAAAGUACAAUAUUCCUCACCAUGCUACAGAAGAUCACACCAGUACACUCUUCAUCGGACUCCAGCUAGUUUAAGAUACUGCUUUUUUUUCUAUCGAAAGGUUUGAGAAUGCAUACUCAGAUGUUAUGCUAGACUGAAAUACCUGUGCUGGCUGCCAAUUCAUUUCCAGGCCGAGUUCCUGGAAACUAAUAUUUUUCAAAUGAGAUUGCUUUCAGUUUCACCUUAUGUAGAGGCCAGAUUUGACUUUUUCUGUUGCAGUACUAUCGUAUUUUUUCCAUGUAUUAGACGCCCCCAUGUAUAAGAUGACCCCCUAUUUUGGGGGGCUGUAAAUUAAGAAAGUGGGGGGAGAUUGUCCAGAGUUGUUGAGCACUCCUGACUGACGCAGCGGCAGCCAAUAGACAACAAAGCUUGCCGCAGUCACCAAGCACCCGCCCAAUCGCUGCUGACAAUCUCAGGCUCGCGGCAAGAACCAAUCACAUGGGCAAACUACACACUACCAAUGUAUAAGACACCCCCCCCCAAAUUUUUUUUUGAAUUGAUUUGGGGUAAAAAUAGCUCGUCUUAUACAUGGAAAUGUACGGUAUAUCUCUGGAAUGCUGUCCAUACAUGCUGACUUUCAAAGGGAGCUGGACACCUUUAUUUUCCAUGUACUGUAAUCUUUAAUUUGACUGGUUGUUUCAUUUUACUGCAACUGUAUUCUGCACUUAUGAUUUUUCUUUGUUUUAGUUAAUAUGCAUCUUAAACUUCAUGUGUUGGUUCCAAACUUAAGUCAUGCUUCAACUAGACUCAUUGAAAUCUGUGGGACUUUACAUUGGUUAUCCACUGUGAAUUUGAUUAAACCCCUUUUAAAAACAUCCAGAUUAGUAGCCAUCAGCUACAACUUGGGGUAACGAUUUUUAAAUUCAUUAUGCACACUUUUGUUUGUUCUGAAUCUUUCAAAAUUCAGCUUUAUUGAAGUUUUAGUGUUGUAAGAGAGAGAGAGAGAGAAACUUAUCGUUGGGUGUAAACUCUACAAUGUGGAGGGCAGGCUUUCUGUCCCACUGCUUUGCAUUGAGUCCAUAUUUAUUAAUUGCUAGUAUUUUUCUCUCCAACUUGCUGCUUUCUCUAGAGAAGUAAUUAAUAAGGAAGUGAAUACUUAUUGCAUUCUACAUUUCCUGGAAACAGAAGUAAAUAACGGUCAGUGUUUGCACCAAUCUUAACUGGUAGAAAGUCCUUGCAUGUUGGAACCUUUAAAUGGCCCUGGGAUACACAUAAGAUCCUAUUACUGUAUUAUUAUUAUUAUAUUAUAAAAAUGCAUUUCAGAAUAAAUUAUUCUCUUUUCCCUAUUUCAGUGGCCUUUUUCCCCGUAUUUACAGUGCAGACAUAUGUAUCCCAUUUGUGCAUUGUCUUUCUUGUUGCCUAAAUCAGCAUAACCUUUAAGGGAGAGAGAAAAGGGAUUAAGCAAGCCCAGUCCAUUUACAGUUUAAUUCAAAUAAGUUUUUAAAAUUAUAAUGUAUAGUUAUGGAUGCGUGAGUAGCAUAAAUUGCAGAAGGGCUGUAGCUCAGUGGUAGAUAAUCUGCUUUGCAUGUAGAAGGUUCCAGGUUCAGUCCUCUGGCAUCUGCAGGUAGGGCUGGGAGAGAACCUUGUUGGUAAUCCUGGAGACCCACUUACAGUCGGUAUGGACAACACUCAGCUAGACGGACCAGUAGUCUGUGUAAGACAGAGUCCUAAUAACACUUUAGUUCUUGUCAAUGAGAAUCAUUUGAUACAUCAUGUCUUAUGCUGCUUCUGGAAGAAACUUGGGUUUUAGUGAGUCUCUAGGGGAAUAUUUUUUUUUUAGGUGAGGGUCAGCUACCAGGAGUGCUUUUGCAAUCCUAUGUUGGUGUUUAGCUGGUAGGUUUAAGAGGAAGCUCUCUGUUAAUUUUGUAGAUCAUACUCAGCACUUCCGAAGGAAGCAGAGACCUAAAUCCAGACACACUGGUAUGAUGUGUUCUUCAAGUCACACAGUUGUACUUGUUCAUAAGCUUGUAAAUACACAGGACUUUAUAGUUAGUUUAUCUUACAAAUUACUACUCUGCUGCUACUUUCACAGGUUUUGACAUGACCACAGUGUUUCUCCUUAAACUGACUUGUCAUCAGUAUGAGAAACAUUUAUGGGUUGGAUGCGUAUUUAGUUAUUCUUAAGAGUCGACCCAGCGAGAUAAAUAGCACUUGCAAUACUUACUUGUUGCAUUUGUUAUAUACCAUUUUUAUACCAAGGCACCUGAAGUAGUAUACAGUUUUAAAAUACCGAAAGAAUAAAUGGUAUAAAAUGUAGAGCAACAGAGUCUUCUAAGGCCAAGUGGUGGUCUCUUCAGAAACAGAUGACUCAAGGACUCUUACCUGGGCUCUUUCUCUUCUGCCUUUCCAGGGCUGUCUUAAGCAUAUGCGGCGCCAGGGUGCAAAGAUCCACCCGGCGGCGCCCCUGUCCCAGGCACGCAGGAGGGCAGAGAUGGCCGGCCGCCUCAGCGUCUUGCUGGCUCAGUCACCCCCAAACCCGCAGCGCAGAGCCGCCCGCAGCAAAAGAGCCCACUACAGCGCUCUGACCGAUGGGCGGGCUUUUCCCCAGACUCAACUCAUGGGCCCUGGACUCUUGGCCUGGAUCCCCUGAGAGCCUGGUGCCCGGGUGCCCCACACCCCUAGCGCCUAUGGGUAAGACAGCCCUGUGCCUUUCCUCAGUUCUCUCAGGACUUAAGUAGCUCCAGGGAAGAUGGAGUCAGGGACUGCCCCAAACAUCAAUUAAAGUUAACUUGCAUUCAUGAGUCUGGAUCCAACGCUAUGUAGCAUACUCUCUUGGUUGCUUUUAUUUAUUAGAACAAAAGCAUUUUAAAAUAAAGGCAUUUGCAGGACCUUUUUGUUUUGAUGAUAGAUUCGUAGUUCUCAUGAAGACCAAUAUUAGAAGUAUUUACAAAAUCUGUGUGUGCUAAUUGGUACAGCCUGAGGAAGACAGUAUGUGGUUUGUAACUAACAACAAUCAGCAAUGAAGACUUUUAAAGUAAUGUGGUUAUUGGGUUCAGAUUUGGAAUUCUUCAUGUCUGUGAACUAUAGCACUAUGGACUGCAGCACUACUUUGAAAAAUGUUUCUCAAACAUAUUUGCAGCAGUCCUACUAUAAUUAUGAUCUGUAAGGUGGCGGCUGUUCAUUUUAUUUUAAAAACUUAAAUUUUUAGGGUUCUAUAAAGCAACUUAUUUAACAGAUUCCUAUUCUAUUUAUCUAUCUAUCUAUCUAUCUAUCUAUCUAUGAUGGGAAGAAGGUAUAUUUGCACACACAAUUUAGUAAGUUGUAAGCAAGAGAGAAUGAUUUUUCUUCAGAAUAUUUGCUUGGUAGGAAUGAAAUUGACAAAAAGGAGUCUGUGUCAUAUGUCUGUUACACAAACUUGAGUCAUUCUGUCCCUGCUGUAGCCUUGAAUUCUGCUUAGAGUUGACUAGUUCAGAAGAUUUUCUUGUUUCACUGACAUGCCUAUGUUGGAAUUAUGGGCUGGGAUCCAAAGAAGAAAUGCUAUGAAUGUACAAUGGAGGUUACUGCUGAACAGUGCGCGCACUCUUUCAUGCACAUUCAGUCACAGUGUGCCUGUAGCACUGUAGGCAUCAUCAUCAUCAUCAUCAUCAUCAUUAUUAUUAUUUUAUUUUAUUUAUACCUUGCCCAUCUGGCUGGGUUUCCCCAGCCACUUUGGGUGGCUCACAGCGUAUAUCGGAACAUACUAAAACAUCAACAUUAAAAACUUUCCAAUUCAGGGCUGCCUGCAAAUGCUUUUGAAAGUCAACUGUUGGAGCGGGUUGUCAGUUAAAACAUAAUUAUCUCAGUUUAAAAAACCAUAGUUUAUCGGACUGAGAAAAAUCCAUUUAUCUGUUCACUUAUCUAGUGUGCCUUAAUUCAGUAUUUCCAGAGGUGGGAGAGACCACAGUUUCUUGUGCUGUCUGUACAGGUGAUUCCUAUGGCCCAGGAUAUCAAACCAUGAUGGAGGAAUCACAAAGUAGGGAUUACUUAAACCAGCUUUGCUUAACCUGGUGUCAGUGUUUGAAAUUAGCCAUGUGCCAGGUGUGUUUUGUGACUGGUGCGGGUCCAGUUGUGACCAUGUGGAGAUCUCUGGAUGCCAGUUUGGCGGCUGACAUCUCCACCUGGCUGGCCCCUCCAGCUUUCUUAAGCAGGUAAGCAGAAGAGCUUAUUUAUUGCAUUUAAAUCCCACCUUUUCCUCCAAGGUGUACUUGGUUCACUCCCUCCUCAUUUAUUCCCUACAGUGACCCCAUGAUGUAUGUUAAGAGGCUGUGACUGGCCCAAGGUCACCCAGUGAGUUUCAUGACUGAGUGGGGAUUUGAACCCUGAUCUUCAAGGUGCUAGUCCGACACUCUCACCACUAUACCAUAGUGGCUUCCUAGAGUACUUCUGCUAUGGGGUAGAUAUAUAAAUUAAGUAGGUAAAUAAAUAUGGAGAAAGCAAAAUGUUACUUACAGAAUGAUCUGAAAUAUUUUCAUUGAAGCUUGGAUUUGUUUUAUUUGGAUUGCUUUAUUUGAUGUUUUAAUGUGUUGUAAACCACUGAGUUCCCCCCCCCCUUUAAAAUAUGAAGCAGUCUUGAAAUGAAAUGAAAAAUAAUAAUAACAAUAAUAAAUCUUAUUUGGGGUGCCUAGACAUUCUGCUGUGGUGACUGCAACCUAGUUUUAAGGUGCCAUUUGGCAAUUAGCUUAUAUAUCUGAGUUUCUAACAUUGUGUGGUACGCCUCUAGUUGGUUGGGAAUUAAAACUCCAUUAGCCCCAGGAAGCAAGGCCAAUGGUCAUUGGAUGAUGGGAAUUGUAGUCCAAACAUCUGGAAGGCAGCAUUCUGGGUUAAACAAUAGUUUCCUUGGUUUCAAAGUCACAGACUAUGGUUAAAUUAAGCCUGUAAAUAUUUAAAUAACAGAGGGGGAGCAUGUGAGCACAAAGCUUGUCUCCAAUUACACAAAUUGUGGUUCAUUGGACUGAGAUGGUAACAUCUGAACCAAACUGGAAAGGAAAGGGCAUGCGUAAGGGUGUUUCCUGGCCCCAGGGCAUCUGUUCACAUUGAGAUUAACAGAUAUUAAUAAGUCAUAGUACACAGUUUAUUUUAAAAUAUGUACUGAAACCUGUCAGUCUUCCUUUCAGGGCACCUAACAAUGGAUAAUAAGAAUAACAAUGUGCAAUCAAAAUCAAGAAGAAGCUGCAUACAAACAGAAUGCUUUCCUGUUGUUAAAGGCUUUGAGCCACUUAGAUAUCAACUGAAAGGAACAACUGAAAGGAAAUUUCCAGUGUAAACAUUUGUGUCCAAAGCGUGUAUGUUAAUUAUUUGAUGGAAGGCUGUUCCAAAAUGUAUUUUUGAUAACUUGGGUGAGAAAAUUAGUUAAACCUGUCCUUGAGCUGCUUGUGAAACUUUCCACAUCCACCCAAGCACUCUAACCUGUUUGUGAACAUUUUAAGAACUGGUUAGGGUAGAUUAAAUGAUCAGUAGGUCGACAAGCUUGUUUAGCUGAAACUCUCCAUAUAUAUAAAAAAUAGCAGCUGGGUGAAGAUGGGCAGGCUGAAAUGUGUUCCCAUUCUUUUUCCAGGGUGUUAACUUCCUGUUUUAUUAUAAAGAACUGGUUGGAUAUUUCUACUCUCCAGGGUUAGGAAAUAGGUUUGAAAAUUGUUGUUCAUGCACUGUAGAAUACUGCAUUCUACAGAAGGACUUAAGUUCCUAAACUAGUUUGUGUGUUGAGAGUGUUUGUUUUUUUGGGCAAAGUUUCAGAGCAGCCACUUCGUUUGCAGUAUAACACAUGCCAGCAUGCCUUGGGUUUUAGGAUUUCUCAUAUGUAAGAGUCCAAAAUAUCCUCCCUCUCUGAAGCAGGAAGUAGGCAUCCCUUAUCUAUUCCAGGUGCUUCCCAUUCAUUUGCAAUCUGAUGAGGCCCAAACUGGCCUCUUUGCAACUGGAACUUUGCAACAAUAAAAAUAAAAUAAAAGAUCAGCUGCUGCCAAGGAACAUCCCUUGCCAUAACGUCUAGUAAAACCAGGGAUGGGGUCACGGUUGUACGGGCUCUCAGCGAAAGUAGUUACCUUGUAGGCAGUACGGUCAUACCUUGGGUUACAGCCGCUUCAGGUUGUGUUUUUUUGGGUUGCGGAUCGCCAAAUCCUGGAAGUACCGGAACGGGUUACUUCCGGGUUUUGGCAGUCGUGCAUGCGCAGAAGUUCUAAAUCGCACUUUGCACAUGCAGAGAGGCGCUGAAUCGCAACCCACAUGUGCCCAGACGCAGGUUGCGAACGUGCACCCUGCACGGAUCACAUUCGCAACCCGAAAGUCCACUGUACUGAUCACUGUCAAGUGUCUUUCAGCUGCCAUUUUCAUUUCUCCCCCCACCCCAAGUCCUAGUUCCCAUUUUCCCCCCAGAUAUUGAAAUACUUUAUUGACACUUGUACAACUUGUAUACAGUGAGAUAAUGUAUGUUAAGAACAUGGUUGCCACUACAAAAACACACAGUGACCAGAAAACUGAAAGUUUUAAAAAGGAGGAGCCAAGGCAGGUAUUAGCAAUACUAGCACCUAUUAUGAAAGGGGAGGAGGUAGCUGUGUUUUUAAUCACCAUUUUUAACAUAAUGCACAAGUAUUUUGGAAUGUUUAGUCCUUCCCAGAGUGCAAGAAGAUGAUGAGCUUAAAUGUAGAAGGGAUCUUGUGCCCACAGCUAAGUCCACUGACUCAAAACUUUUUGGAACAAGGAGUUAUCUAAUGUUGGGAGUAGGACUUCCAUAUGUUGAAAGGAUGGUUUCUUUUUUAAUCCAAGGCUGUAGCAGUGGGAAAAACAGCACUUUGUUGGAGUGAUAAUGGUGUGAGCCCCUCUAUCAUAGCCGCAGGUUGUAUAUGUGUGUAAAUAAACUAUAUAUCAUACAGAUACCACGUUUCGAGACUGGGGUGGCAUGUAACAACAUCAUUGAGUAUUGUUAAUGUUUUGUUUUGAGGUUAUCUUUUUUGAGCUGUGGGAGAAAGAUCACUUUUUAAACAAAUUCUAGCUAAAAUUUUCAAGUUUAGAGGCCACUUACUCCUGAAUAUCAUAUACUGGGAAUGCUGAGACUUAGUUUUGAGAAGACAUGCACACACUAAAAGGAGGAGAUGAUGGGCAGACAUUGUCUUAAUGUCGCAAUCACCACUAUUAUCAAAUAUUAUAGAGUUGGUGUUGCACACUUGGCUAGAAGGCAGGGAAGGUGGCUGCUGCAGACAGGGAAGAGGUGAACUUCAUUUCCAUCACAGCACAUCAGGAAGACCAAAACAUGUAUUUUAAAGGUGGAAAGGGGUGUAAUUUCAAAGUCAAAGAAGCUUAGAGUGGUUAUUUAUAGCAUGUCAAUGUGCAGAGAAAAACAACAUUCACUUUUAGGGGAAAGUACGCAAAAUACUUAACAAAUUUAUGAUGCAAUCUUCUGUUAUGCACACUUCCACCCUGUGGAAAUUGCUUCUAAAGGUGUGUGCCUUCAGGUAUAGAAAUACCUGUGCAUCUCCAGAUAAGAAAAUAUGAUGGACGGUAUGGAAGUUUGGAAGUAUUAAUUGAGGGAAAGAGCCAAGACACAGCAUGCAGAAGUAUCCUGAUAAGGGCUUCUUAUGUAUGGAUACUCUUGCUCAAAUUCACACAUAGAUACAUUGGUUCUUGUGUGAGAUAAUGUUCCCUUUGUCACUGUUGUUGGAUUUGAUUGAUACUAACUUUAUUUUGCUUUUGCUUUUUAGUUUGCAUUUUUGUAUUUUAUUCUUGUGAGUCAUGUUUGAUUGAAAAGUGACAUAAAAAGAAACUUUAACCUAAUGUGCCAUUAUAUGAUCUGUGCAGAUCAUAUAAUUUAUUUUCUCUUGAGUUAAGUUCAGUUGACGCAUUUUACCUACUGUGAUUUUUAACAGUCACCUUCUAAGGGCAUCUUUAUAGCAGAAGUUUUAUUAAAAGGGCCAAGAUGUCAUUGGCUCAGCUACCAUACCACCUACAGAAAGUAAAUUUCAUAGUGACUGGAGGGCUGGGGAAAUCUAAUGUAGAUACACUGUUACAGGAUCCAUCACUUUAUGACUGUUCAUGACUGUUCACCCCUAAAGCUUGCUGGGUGACCUUCGACCAGUCAUGGUCUCUCAGCCUAACCUACGUCACAGAUUUGUUGUAAGGAUAAAAUGGAGAGGGAGGAGAAUUGUGUAUGCUACUUUGAGCUUAUUGAAGGAAAGGUGAGAUAUAAUCAAUAAAUUGUAAAAUAAAUAAAGGGGCUGAGAGAUUUACUGCCUUGCGGAGGAAGUCACUAGUUUUUUAUUUACAAUUUUGAUUACCAGUAGGGACAGUGUAUUUAUCCUUUUGGGCUAAAUUGUUUUCGUUUGUUACUUUUCUCUGCAUUGUAUAAAUAAUAUAACGUAGUCAGCUAGUAAGAGCUGCAGUGCUUUUGAAAUAUCUUGAUGUGCUGGCGUGAUGCAAUACGGUGUAACUUGACUAAAUGUACCUGUUCCUCCUCAGAUCCAGACAUUUAAUGUUGAAGCACCAUGCCAGACUGUGGAUGAUUUAACCAAUGGAGUCGUGAUGGCCCAAGUCCUGCAAAAGAUGUAAGAGAACACUUUUUAAAAAUCAUUGUGAAUGUGUUUACUUACUCAGUAAGUAAGUAACUUCCCCCUUGCUCCUGACAAGUAUCCACCUAAUAUGAACUUGCUAUGUUAUCCUCUGUUCUUAAGUGUUCUUACUGCUCAACAAUAAGUUUUGUUUAACAACAAACCAUUAAUUACUUUUAUUAAUGAAUGUAAUUGUUGGUGAAUCAAGCUUUUGUUUUCAAACACAGAAAACAAUUCUGUGCAUGAGCUGCGUGCUUCCCUUUGCAUGAGCAAGUAAACCAUAGCUUAGUGUAACAUCCAAACCUGGUUUUCCUUGACCCAGGAAACCACAAUUGCCAAUCCAACAGAAAACUGUAAUUCAAGACAGUUAAAGUGAAACAAACCACAAUGCCAGAUUGAUCUGGUAUGUUAGGCUAUCUUUAUUGUGAUUUGUUUAUCCACUCUCAUAAAGGGAGGCGUUUCUGCACAGUAUAGUUUACUAACCCAGGUUUUUAUGGUUUAGCAUUAUGUGCAAACAUGGCCAGUUCUUAGUAGUAGUUUUUUAAAUUAAAAAAUAUAUAUAUUUAUAGACUGUGACUAAUGUACUGUAUAUAGUGUCUUGCAAGAUAGCAUAUUUAACUAAAGAAUAAGGCUCUCCACCCAGAAGAGCAUAUUUUGACAGUCGUGUUGGCAAUAGAGGAAGGGAAUGGGAGAAUGGAUGUUUAAUGUAUUUGGUGGGCUUUUAUAUAGAGCAUACACAAUAAAAAAUAAAACUGCUUGUUCAGUAAAUUGCACUGUAGUGAAAGAAAUAGCAGAGCUGAUGUGACUAAGAGUUCAGUUAAUGACGUCUCCAUAUUGCUGUUCUUCAUAAGUAGCAUUGUUAAUGACCUUGUUUAUUGAAAACUGUCUAAAUUACCCUUUCACCCCCCCACUCUGUGUUAGCCUUUCAGUGUCAUGACUCUGUCAAGGCAGUGCUGGGGGAAGUGCUGUUGCUUACAUAAGAUGCAUUCUGUUAGAAACAGAGUGGCUCUGUUUCUUGCACUUCUACAUCUAGCAUCUUUCAAGGACAUUAAAUGUGCUUGAAGAUGACUAAUCCCCCCCUGCCCCCAGUACUUGGUUUUCUGUUGAGGGUAAUAUUCAUGAAAAGCAUUUAGAAUAUAAUAAUGUCCUAUACCUCUCUGUCACUGUUCCACCUUUUCCUCCCAAACAGCUCUCCCUUUUAUCUGGGAGAGGUAUAGUCUGAAAUCAGAGGGAGAGAAAAGUAGCAGCUUAUGUUUGGGGGGCCUACAACCGUUCAUCUGCAAGAGAGGCCUACAAAAAGACCCUUUCCCUUCAACUGUGAAGGGAAACAGCACAGAUUUCUCUUGCAUUAAGGAUGAAGAACUUUCUUUGUGACGUCAGCAGUUGCUACAUUAAUCCCUACUUUCGGCGUGGAUCUGUAUUUAGCAAUCAACAUACGUAAAGAAAGAAAAUCAUUCAUAAAAAAUUAUUUUAAAAAAGAAAGAGACGUUGACUUCCUGGUGGGGAUUGGUUGUACUGGGCUUUUCUCUGAAUAAUGUGACAGUGUGGGUGGACUACGGUUUAAUGGGAGUGAAAAAAGGAGUACAGUGGUGCCCCACAAGACGAAUGCCUUGCAAGACGGAAAACCCGCUAGACGAAAGGGUUUUCCGUUUUUGAGUUGCUUCGCAGGACGAAUUUCCCUAUGGGCUUGCUUUGCAAGACGAAAAUGUCUUGCGAGUCUUGAGAUUUUUUUCCGCCCCCCCCCCUUUUUCUAAGCUGCUAAGCCGCUAAUAGCCGCUAAACCGCUAAUAGCGCUAAUCCGCUAAGCCGCUAAUAGGGUUGCUUCGCAAGACGAAAAAACCGCUAGACGAAGACACUCGCGGAACGGAUUAAUUUCGUCUUGCGAGGCACCACUGUAUGCAGCUGCAGUAAAGCAAAGAUGAAGCAGAAGAAAUUGGCCCGGAGAGUGAAAUGAAGUGGGGGUAUGCCAGAUAAAGACAGAUCAAAGCUAUCAAGAAAAAGAAGUUGAUUUGUUCCUUUAUCCAUUCUUUUGGCUAUAUCCCAAGUUGGAUCUACAUUUCCAUAAGCAUUCCCACUAUUUGGUAGACAUCUUGCUAGUUAAUAUAUGGCAUAAAACAUUUGUGAAUGUGAAAUUGUGAAUGUGCUUUCUCCACAACAUGCCAGAAAUGGAAUGGAAGCUAGCUCAUUCACUGCUUGAACUAACCAAACCAGUUUGUUGGGGCUUUGUUACCGGCACUUCAUCUGUACUCUCUAUUUCAACCAUCCUGUUAUUCACCACUGAGAAUCAAGCUGUACCUCAGCAGGUUUAACUUGCAUCUUCAAAGAUUUUGUGCUACUAAUAUCUUAACUCUCAAAUUCCUACAAAUUAAAGAGUGGUGUGUGGAAUGAGAUGAACUUCCUCUUCAGCGGAAACAAGUUAAGAAUAUGGAAUUAUGAGAUAAACGAGCCAUAGAGCCUUGGCUUAAUGAUGGGGGUGGGGGUUGGGGGUGGAGGGAGGAUCAUAGUCUCUGAGGAUUCCAUCACACUCACCAGGCUUCCUGUCCUGUUGAACUCCAGUUUUGAAAAUUAAAUCUUAUCCCCCUCACCCAAAGCAAGCCUUUCCUGCUUCCCGCCAUUCUCCUACCUGACUUGUUCUAGAGUUUCUCGAAAUGAUGUUUGUGGUCCACGAGGAGCCUUUUUGAGGCAAUUCAGAGUUUUAUAUCAUUGGCUAACCACAUUUUUGCAUAUCACACUUUGGAUCUCAUGUUCUAGAGCAGAAAGAUGGUGAUCUAUGUUUGAAAAGUAAUGUGUGCAGUCUGAACCAGAAAAGAGUGCACAGGGCAAUGAGGUCAGUACAACUCUGACCUUCACGCUGCUACAGUAUACAAACAUAUCUGCAGAUUUCAGGUUGUACUUUUCUCAUGUACAUUCCAUAUAAACUGCAGGUAUAAGCUCCUAAUGGAUCUACAUUCAUUUAUUCUAGAAAUGAGAGUGACAGACAGAGCUGAAGCACUGAUAUCAGGGUGGGGGACCUUUGGCCUUCCAGAUGUUGUUGAGCUACAGCUCCUGUUAUCCCUGUCUGGUGCCCAUGCUGGCUGGUUCCCCACCCUUGACUUAUAUGGCAGCUCUUUAUAUUCCCAUGCCACUGACUUAAAUAGGAGUGUACAAAUGAGUACUCAUCAGUUCUUUUGACACUGCUAACAUCAUUGGCUCCCAAUUCCUUGUUUGUCCUGCAACACAAUUCUUAAGAAGUUGCAGUAGAUGUGAGACCAUAAGCCUUUAAUAUAGAUUUUAACAUUAAUUAAUUAUCAUUACAAGCUAUGUACUUAGGGAAAGUCAGUUAACAGAGGCAUUAUAUUUAACUGUGAAUGUUCCAAUUUGUGUAAUUUGAGAGUACUGUAAUGUCAGAUGUUUUCCUUUCAGAUAAUAAGAGUAUAUACUAAAUUCAUUUUUGAAGAUGGAUCUGCCAAACCAAUUUCUAAGAGACUUCUAGGCAUAGAGAAUAUUCUGGAUGAAUCUUUUACCAGAAAUGCUUCAUAACAGAUUAUUUGGUCUCUAUACAAUGGAUUUUGUAUUUCUUAGUUAUUUUUAAUUGCAGCCUGGCACAAAGCUAUACUUGAUGCAAUAAUUCAUUCAUUGUGAGUUACAUUAAUCUCAUAGUAGGAACUUCCAUAACUUUGAAGAAUAGAUGUUUUUAGAGCAAAGAAAACAAACAGCAAAAACUGAAUUUGAAUCCUCCCACAGCAUAAUGAAACAGAAAAAUACAGAACAUGUUUUCAGAGCAUUUUAAAAAAUGUAAGCAAAAAAGUUCCCCUCCCAACAAUGAAUUAAAAAGUGAUUUAAAAGCAUUAUGAACUGCUACACUAUAUCCAAAUUAUUCUUCCUUCUGCUCCUCCAAACAGGUACCACAGAAAAAACUUAGUCAAGAGGCAGGUGAGACUGUUCAAGUGAAGGAGAGUGUCCAAGGGAUUGACAUGCUUCUAGAUCAGUAGCAUAAUUUGCUAUUUCAAAAUCAAGCAGUUCUGGGGGGGAACCUGCAAGCGUAAAAAGGCAUGACAGCAGGAAGGUAGGUGUUAGACCAAAUUCCAAAUAUGUGUGGCGGAGUGCACUAUCACGCUAUGAGAAAGAAAUUAAAGAUGGAAUACAUUUGGUGCUGUUGUACUCACAGAAGGGCCUUUCAUAGAAUCUGGUUGGAAGGGACCCUGGGAAUCAUCUAGUCCAGAGCUUUCCAAACUUUUCAUGCUGGGGACACACUUUUUGGACAUGUAUCAUUUUGCGACACAGUAAUUCAGUUUUACUAGCAAACUGGAGGUUAAACUAACCCCUUUUCAGCCUCGGGAGGAGUGUAGGGAACGUUUGCACGACACACCUACACACUGCAGCCGACACACAGUUUGGAAAGCUCUGAUCUAGUCCAACCCCCUGCAAUGCAGGAAUAUGCAGUUGUCCCAUCUGGGAAUCAAACUUGCAACCUUGGCAUUAUCAGCACCACACUCUAUCCAACCGAGCUAUCCUGGUGGAUGCAGCCUCUGAUGGAAGAGGGGGGAAUUCAGGCAUGAAGGUAAAUCAGCAAAUUCACCUGCCCCCCUCUUCCAUUAGAAGAACUGUCCUCCAGAUGAAAAAUUCUUCUGUGAGCACAAAGUAUCCAGUUGAAUUCCACCCUGAAUAUUUUAAGGGCCUGUAGCCCAAAGUACCCAGCUGCAGCAAGGGCUUCCUGCUUCAUCUCUUAGCUCUUUCUCGUUAGGAGGCACACACUGAUCAAUGACUUGUGCAGAAAAAACUGUGAGUAGGCUCCUCUGUGGGUAAGUAGUUCUUAGUGGUGUUAUACACACUGAAAGUAAAUUUUGCAGGUGUGAGUGAAGUGUAGGACUGAUUUUUAUGUCUGAAAAAGGAUGCCUCUGCUUCCAAAAGCAAGGAAACACACUGUUAGAAACCUUCAUAAAGAAAGUGAAGGCGAGUUAUCUAGCAAUAAAGUAUGAACAGGCAAAGGAACAAAAAUGUUUUUAAGUUGUAAUUCCGUAACAGAUCUAGUCAGCCAGUGUGUGGAUUUUCAAAUAAAAUGAGAGUUAGUUACAAAAACAAGAAUGAAACAAACCCCACAAGUCAGUAAAUACAAUUAAAAUAAACAUGCUCAGUUAAAGCACCCUAGGGCACCAGAAAACUUUGUGAUGCAACUAUUUCAGAAAACUGCAGUAGAGGACUUUAGGAAAUGUUCCAUUCAUUCAGUUAUAUAAGUUGUCAAUCAUGUCAGUUGGGCUUUCCUCCGAUGAAAUGGGGUGUGUUCUAUUUCCCUUCAACUGUGCAUUGGUAAUUGUGGGCAAGGAAGCUGAUCUUGUAGGAAUUCUAGGGCUUCAUAGAAACAUGAGAGGGCUUAAUGGUGGUUAAUGAAAGCAGGAAAAUCUUUAAAUAAAGUAGCUUUUUUUAAAAAGGGGGGCUGCAAAAACAUUGUGAUAGGAACCAUAAGACAUUAAUUAAUGUUCUAGAACUUUUGGGUGAAAGUAAACAUAUAACAUAUAAUUGAGACAUACAUCUCAUAAAUGUCAAUAAUAAUAAUAAUAAUACACUUAUGAAAGCUCUGUUGGAGUUGACAAUCGUGAUAUCUAUUCCAGACAGCCAAAUAGAAAUGAAAUGAAUAAUAUUAUUAAGUAAUAGCCUAAUAUUUUAUUUAAAAACUAUAGAUGGUGGUAAGAGACAUUGCUAACUAUUAUUCUGCUUUUGUUUUUUCAGUGAUCCAACGUACUUUGAUGAAAACUGGUUAAACAGAAUCAAAACUGAAGUAGGGGACAACUGGAGACUAAAGGUAUUUUCUUUUUUUUUUUUAUAUAUAAUUUUUUUAUUGAUUUUACAAACAAGUUUUAUACAAUACAAACAAAUAAAAAGACAUACAAACAUGUAUAAUUUCAUAACCUUUUUUUCAUAACCCUCUCUUCUCAGACUAAAGGUAUUUUCACAGUUUAACUCUGAUUUUAACUUUCAGUACACAAAGUAUUGCAGUUAUACGUGUGUGUGCAUUAUAUGAAUUUUAUGUUGCCUUUUCCGGAGUUUUAGAGUAGGUUAUGGAAUAAUUCUGAAUCAGGGCUGAUUUUACCUAACCGGUCCCGUCAGCAAAAGCCUUGCUGAAGAACUUAUGCUUGCACAAUGGGACUCUCUGCACCCAACUGACACGAGAUCAAGCCAAAAUAAAUAUAUAGGGUGGUAUUCAGUGACGUUUUAUGCAGUGUAAACCCCUUGAAAUUAAUGAAAAGGACUGGGCUAGGUCCAUUAAUUUCAGUAGGCCCACUUUGAGUAAAAAUAAGUUAAAUAUCAUCCAUAAUACUGAAAUCUUCUUAAGUAUAGGUGUGGGGUUUUUUACCCCAAUGUACCACUCCCUACUCUAUGCUGAUUCAAAAGUGAAGUGUUAAUGGAACAAAAAUUCUGAAUUCUUUGGGGAGAUCAUGAGUUGAGAGGAAAGUAGCACGGUAAAGGGGAUUCUGUUGGACCACAUGGAAACUAAGAGACCCUCAGCUAAUAUCCCUAUAUGCCAUAUGCCUCUGAACUUUCAAUGUUUGCAUGAAAUCAGAGACUUUCAUGCCUAAUAGCUUUAUUGACUUUGCUCAUCAACCAUGCUGGCAUCGUAUUGGCCCUGGGGUACCUUUCCUUAUGGUGUACAUUCUAGCGAAGUUUUUGAAAUUGUGGUUUUGAAUAACCCCCAAGGAUUCUGGAGAGAUUUGACCCUCUUGACUUUUCUUUUCAGAUUCCUUUUUACCAAUCCUUCAUUUUCAGGAAGUUUCCUUUUUUGAAAUAAAAUGUGAUUGUGUGAACUUUCUUGGCAGUUGUCCAUAUACAUAUAUGUUAAAUUUGAUAGCACUGUGGUCACGGCUCCCAGUCAGUUCAACAGCCAAAACGCUCUUCUCUUACUACCCCAAAAUGUACAGCUGGCCCCAAAUUGCCAGCCUGGAGGCAGGAACAUGCAUGGAGGAAGUGGAGGUUGUGGUUUCAUGACUUGCUUGGUGGGGAUGGCCUGUCCCACUGCUCUCCACUCCUUCUUCCACAUGCCAUAUUCAUCAUACCAGUUGCUGACGAGGAGUCUACACUACAGGCCAAAAGACUGAAUUAAUCCUCUUUAUGUUUGCAGUUCAUGUUUGCAGAAGGCAAAGGCUUAAAAUUCUUUCCAUUGGAGUCUUUUUCAGUCUAACCUGCUGAUCUGGAGGUAAAAUGGGAGCUUUUGCCUUGAAUCCCAGAUUCCUCUUGGCUAGUAAAAAUCAGAUGGGAGGAACUGCUACACCUUACUCUCAUUAUUCCACAUUUGUUGAUUUUCAAGUCUCAAGAGCUUUUGCUGAAAUCUUUGCUUCUUGAUGGUAUUGUUGUCAGGGGGAAAUGAAAUAUUACGAAUUACCUUUUUAAAUUUGAUUGAGUAUAAUCUGGCCUUGUGGUGAUUCAUGGAUGAGAAAAACAGAAUCCUUGACAGUUCUUGUUUACUUGCACAAAUGGCUUUGUCCUUGUAAGACUUAUGAAUGUAAAAAGUUGAGAGACAAUUGCAUUGAUGGUGGAAAUACUUUUUUCUACCCAUCUGUUCCCAAAUGAAAAUGUUCUAGUACACAUAGAUGUUUGCAUUCCUUAUGUAUACAGAAGAUUAAAAACUUGCCCCUCUUACAUAUCUGAGGAGGUAGAAGAUGGGAAAUUUGACAGGAAAGUUCAAGAGAAUUGUAUGGAAUUUUCAACACAUGAAUAAAUUUUCUAAACAGUUAAGGUGCUGCUGCUGCAUUUUGAUCCCUGAAAGACAUUUGAAAACAAGAGCCGUUGAGACCCACAGCCAAAAUAUCUGUAAUGAUUUCAGGGUUGAGGCAACUUGAACACUUCUCCAUGAAUUAGCAGCCUCUCCAUACGUGGGCAAUGUUCUCAUGAAGAUGUAUCAAAGAUUUGCAUUUGGCCAGGGAUCUUACAGCUUUGCAUAUUUCUUAACAGUCGGAUAGAAUCAGUAGAAUCAUGGAAGCAGUAUUGUCAGUGGGUCACCCUAGGUUGUCUAAAUCUGUCUCGGAAUUCACACUGCAGGCCUAGGCAGCAGCAUUGAAACCCAAGCUGCAUUAUUUCUUAUGUACACAGUUGCUUGCAAGGAACGGUUUGGUGGCUUUCCCUUUGGGGAAAAUGGCAGAAAACAAAAAUUAAGAUGUUUCAGUACAGUCAAAAUGUUCUGCCUGCGACUAUUUGAAAUGAUACUUCAGUAUUUUAAAAAUAAGAUAUUGUUGAUGGUAAUAUGGAGCAACCAAUAGCAUGCCAACAGAAGAGUAGAAGAUAAACUGCCCCAAUGACUGCUUUGUGCGCCAUCAGGGACAUUAAAUACUUUGCUCUUCUUGGGUGGAAUUCUGUUAUGAUCUUCUGGCACUCAAGACUGCAUCCUAUGUUGGUACCAUUUACUCCCCAACCCCUUGUGUUCCAUUUAGAAAUAACUUGUCUAGAUAAUUUAGAGUUGUUGUUUUUUUUAAAAAAAGAAGCAUGUUGCCUGGGAUAGCUCCCUCGGUAGAGCAUGAGACUCUUAAUCUCAGAGUCGUGGGUUUGAGCCCCACAUUGGGCAAAAGAUUCCUGUAUUGCAGGAGGUUGGACUAGAUGGCAAUCAUGGUCCCUUCCAACUCUACAAUUCUGUGAUUCUAUGAUCUAUCAUCUGACAAAGCAAGCAUUGUGCAUGAUCCAGAUAUACAUUUCUGAUAAUCAGUUUAUAUAAUUUUCUCAGUAAAUUAUUUCUUCCCAUUGAACUGCACUCCUUAAAUUCUGUCUAAUUCAAAAAGUUUGGUAAUGAAUCUUAACUUCUCCUGUUUACACUAUAAUUUAUCUGCCCAAUAAAGUUUUUCACUUCAAGUAUUACGCUGAUUUGCACAAUCAUUUCAAGCAUUUUAUUAUCUUACUGGCACAUAGUAUUGAAUCCAUUCUCGUGGGUCCUGAUUCUUGCCUAGGGUAUAAUUUUUGGCAUUGCCCAUUUAAAGAAUUUGAGAACGAGAGCAAGCCUAAGUACUGAUUUUUGUUGGCUAAUGAGGAAAUCUAAAUUAUUUGGGAGCUUGUGGUCUUGAUAACCUGAAAACAAGAUGUCAAAAUGCCAUCCAGCUUUUAAAAUUUAAUGGCAUUUUGACAUCUUGCUAUCAACUUAAAAGGACCGCAAGGUCCAAAGAGUUUCAGAAGUGGGGUAGAAAAAUGAACAUACUUGUUUCAAGCCUGUCUAAUGGCUCUGUUGUGUGUAAGAACUUGUUUCUGUCCUCCCAACCCCCGACUCCUGUUGCGUUGAUGCUGCUUUUGAAGCUCUGCCAAUUUGGACAAGCAGAUACUGCCAAGAAAGGGCUCAGAAACCCUGCUGUGUGCACAGUGUUCCCAGUGUGGCCCAAAAAGAAAUCAUUAUAUUUGAGAAGCACCAUGGGGGUAUAAGGCUGAGCCCCCAAACUCAUUGGUGUAGGUAGUUGCUAUAUCUGUUUGCUUUCCUGUCCUUUUGAAAAUGCCCAGAGACAAUCUAUAAAUGAGAAAUAAAAUUAAUUGCAAAAUCUUGAUUUGAUGAUUGGCUGCUUUAGGCCGAAAAAAAUCUUAACGAUUGGCUGUUUUAGGCAAAAAUGGCUUUUGGCUCGAAAGAUUAAUUCUUGUAGACAGCAACGUAAGAUUGUGCUUCGGUGUGGCCUUCUCUCACAGUUUCUCAGUAUGCAAUUUUUCCCCUUCCUUUUUUAAAAGGUGAGCAAUCUGAAGAAAAUUUUAAAAGGAAUUUUGGAUUACAAUCAUGAGGUAAGGUCUUUUGUUUGCUUAUACAAACUGAUUUUUGCACUUCAUUCUCCUUUCAACUUGUUGUGCUUCAUUUUCAUUAUUCUGUUUGUGUAACAGGUAAAUAAGGAUUACUAAAGAUAAAAGUAUAGCUCUUUAAUUCAGAAAACUGAUCUUUUAUAAAUAUUUUAGGCAAUCUUUCCCCAAAUUUGUAAUUUACAGAAAAGGAAUUGCACACACUCACUCCCCCUCCCCCGUAUGCUGUCCAUUGUUUAAGUACCUCCUAUUAAGCUGAUGAAUGCUUCCUCACAUAGCUUCUUUUUCUUAGAGCAAUUAAAAUAGAUACUUUAGGAAAUCUCUCGAUAAAACCACAAAGGCUAAGCUUUAUUAUCUCAGCAAUAGCUAUGCCUUCCCAUCAGUAGCAAAAUUCAAAUUUAUUUUGGAAAGAUAGGGAACAUUAAGUGUUUAGCAUUAAUUGAUUUUGUAGACAGCUUUGUAGUAUUAAUAAAAAAAAAGUCCUUAAUGCAAUUCUAGGAGAGCCUCUCACUUCAGAAAAUUUCUUUCUGCUUUCUAUUUUCACAAAGAGAAACAAUCUACAACAAAUACAUUUAAGAACAUUUACCGUAUUUUUCGUCCGGCCCAUAGGAUGCACCUCCUUUUUUGGGGGGAGGGAAAUGAAUACAAAAAAAUUAUCCCCCCCCCAGCCGCGGCUGCCGCCCCAAGCCUUGCGCACACCUGCCCGAACUCCCGCCGGGCUUGCAAGGCUUGCGGAUAGCUUCCUGAAGCCUGGAGAGCGAGAGGGGUCGGUGCGCACCGAUGCCUCUCGCUCUCCAGGCUUCAGCGAAAGCCUGCAUUCGCCCCAUAGGACACACACACAUUUCCCCUUCAUUUUUGGAGGGGAAAAAGUGCGUCCUAUGGGGCAAAAAAUACGGUAAGUAUGCCACUAUUUUGGACAAAUAAUAAUAAUUACCCAUGUAAGUUGCUUUGAGUUGCCGUGGCAAAAAAGCAACCAGUAAAUGUAAACAACAACAACAACUAUUUAUGGAGCUAAGUGUUUGAACGUUGGUGGCUCAAGAGACUUGUUAAAAGUCAGCUGUAGCUUAGAAGAGAUACUGUGCUGUUUAAGUAAGAGAAGACUGUUCUCACCGAAAGAGUGGACUAGUUGGUUCAAUGUGCAUGUGCGUCUAGACCAAAUGAGCCGCCCAGCUCAUUUUCCCCAGCAUCUUGGCAGAAUGGGUUGCUGGAUGAAAUUAGCAGGUAAGGGAAGGGUUUUCUUGUUCCUGCCUUCAGUUUUUCUCCACUAUAGAUAAACCCCUUCUGUACUGUUGGUUAGUACCUUUUUGGCCCAGACCUGGAUCUGAAGAUCUGGUGUCCUUGAGAUAUGGAGGCUUGCCAAGUUCAAGAGAUGUGCCUUCUCCCUAUACUAUUCACCAUGUCUGCAUCUUUGUAUUUUCACAGAUUUUGGGGCAACAGAUCAAUGAUUUUAUCCUUCCUGAUGUCAACUUGAUUGGGGAGCAUUCGGAAGUUGCUGAGCUUGGAAGAAUGCUUCAACUUAUUUUGGGCUGUGCUGUAAACUGUGAACAAAAACAAGGUCAGUUAAACUUUGGUGGGAAGGGUGCAUCAUUCAAAGUGGACACACAAACAACUUUUCUUGUUUUGUUUAACAAUAUUUAUACAUUACCUAAUAAAAACAAAAACCCUCUUAAGUGGUUUACAUAAAGUAACAUAAAAUACCUGUUAGAAAAUAUCAAUAAAAUUAACAGACUUCAAACAUAUGUAGACAUAAUAAAAUGAUCAAAAUAUAGAUAAAAUCAACAGGUUGUUUUUUUUAUAAAAAAAUGCAUAAUAAAACUUCAUGUUUGAGUAGGCUUGCCUAAGCAGCAAGGUUUUCAGCAAGCAUUGAAAACCAUUCUCCUGCCUCAUUUAUGUUUAUAAACAAAAAACUUAUCUUUACAAUAUGAUAGAUGGAAGCUUUGAAUACUGCAGGAAGCACAGAGCUAUUUAUCCUUUUGAUUGUUGUAAGUAUGGAUGAUUACGUGCUCAAAUUUAUCUCUUACAGAGUAUAUCCAGACCAUCAUGAUGAUGGAGGAGUCUGUUCAACAUGUUGUCAUGACAGCCAUUCAGGAGGUAAGGAAUUGGAUGGUGGUAAAUGGAAGGCUGAGACAGCAGUUUGUUACAACUGCUUCUUUCAAUUUAGCAGAAAGAAGUAAUUUAACAGAAAAGGGCAUGGUAUGUAAAAAUGAGAAAUAUUGUCACCCUCUGAUAGGCAAAAUAAAAUUUCUAAUGUAUAUUGAAUAUUUAAUAAACUGUUCCACUUUUCUUUAAAUCUAGAAGAUAUAACCUUCUGGAUACCAAUACUAGGUUCCCUUCUUGUCUUUCCUUCCCUGUGGUUCCCACAACAAUUUAGAACUACUAGUUUAGUUUGCAGUAGAAGAUUUGGCGAUUGAACUUCAUUUCCAGUAAGGGUAACUAGGCUCAUAAGUCUGUAAUUCAGUGCACACAUCCCUGGAAGUAAAUCCCACUGAAUUCUAUGGGACUUUCUUCUGAGUAGGUAUGCAUAGGAUUAUGCUGCGGUAAUCAUUAAAUGUUAUUUGAACAUUGUUUUUAAAACUGGAUGACUAGUUUCCAGGUUAAUUGUAAUUGGAUUUGAUAGCACUAUUUGCAGUAUGCUAGCAUAAAGGUGAAUUAUGAGUAAUUAGUAGUAUUGGAAUAAGUAGGAAACCCAAUGAUCCACUUGAACCAAAGUUAAGCACUUUUAAGUCCCCUUAAUUUAAGAGAGCAUGUUUAAAAAUUUGUUUAAAUCGUUACCACUGAAAUUAAUAGGGAUGAAAAGUGUUUUGAUCUUGGUUGGAUUGUGUCCCAGAUUUCAGUUUAGCAGCUUAAGAAAUGCUAGAAACGGAUAUCCUCUAAUUGAAGGGAAGUCAUUUCAGCUUUCUGUUUUAAUGUUGCAAGUGGUGCAAUUGAGAAUGAUGUAAAUGUUGAUUUGGAUACUUCAUAGGGCGGUGUGUUAGGCAAUGUUUUCUUUGAACCCUGCUGCUUCUGAAAGAUCAUUCGAUUUAUGAAUUUAAGUGGAGUUAUUUUUUCAACCACUGUUGCGUAUUGGUAGCUCUGUAUAUGGCACGAAACAGGAUUCAUAACUGGUUGGUCAACACUGAGCAGGUUUUUCUGGGAGGGGCAGGUAAUUUUAUUGAAUGUCUUACCAGCCUUAAAGCAAACUAGUCCAUAUGAAACAGCCACAUUCCUACUAAAACAUCAUCCGACAUUCUUAGAGAAAAUGAACAGCUUAGUAAGCUGCCCUGUGACUCCUGGAGACAAAAGACGGACUCUAGGAGUGCUUCCACACUUGCAGAAAAGGGCUCUACUCUAGUGCACUGCUUUUCUGCAAUUAGCUGGAAGUAGAAUUUCAGCAAAGGUUUGACAUAAAAAUUAAUAUUCCACUGUAUAUUCCAGCAGUGCCCUUCCCUAUCCUUCUGAAAUGUCUGCUUGCAGGCUCCAUUCAACAAAGGUCCUUUCAAAUGCCAGUUGAAAAGUUUCCUGUCUGCAAGUUUCAGCCUUUGUUUUUCACUUCCUCUUGAUCACAUCUGGGAAUUAGUUAUGAGUAGACUUUGAUUUGCACCUUGAAUAGUCUCUCUGAAUUGCCCCAGUGUCAGUUUCUCCUGCCGGGGUUUGUGUGGCUUUAUUUAUUGAUUUCCUAACAUUUUUCUUCGUACUGUUUUGCCCCUAAAAAUAUAAUAAAUUGUGAGAGGAAACAGUAAAACAAGAAUAUAAAUCAAAUCAGUAAUUAAAACCUUCUACCUUUUCACAAGGAAAAAAACCAUCAUUGGAGUUAUUUCAAGAGGGUUUUCAUCAUUAAUCUCCAAGCCCAGAGCAUGGAAUAGUAUAAAAGGGGGAAAUUGCAAAGAAGAACGGUGGGAUUCAUUGUAGCACUAAGUCUCUUGCAAAGGAUGGCAAUUGUAAAGAAAACAGCAUGGAAGCAGUCUAGGUACUAUGAAGCUAAAUCACCUUGGCCCUGAAGAGAACAUUCACUUAUUAUUCAGUAACUAGUUUUACUGGCUCUGGCUUUUGUCCAACAUGAGUGCAAUGUUGAAACAAGCACAUGCAUAACAGGUGAGGGAAAGUCAGUGCACUGCACUUUCAGUGUUGGACCCUUUAUAGCAGGAGUGGGGAAUCUGUGGUUCUCUAGAUGUUGGACUGCAUUACCCAUAAUCCCUAUUGGCCAUGCCGUCUAGGGCUGAUGGCUUUUGUCCAACAAUGUCUGGAGGGUCACAGGUUCCCCAUCUCUUCUUUAUAGCACUUGAGGUUCUUCUGCAGUCAACAGGGAAGGUACUAAAACCAUUCUGGUGUAGAACAGUAUGCUUACUUUUCAACAUUGUGUUUUUAAAUUGUGCUUUAAGAUGCUCAUUCCUCUAGACCCCAGAAUUUAAAAUGUUUGGAACUUUCUGGGAUCCAGGAAAUCUAGGGAAAGCCUUAAGGUAAAGAAAGAAGGCAGACACAAUUCUGAAAACUACUGAAGAAGAAUUAUUAUUAUUAUUAUUAAAACACACACUUGAAAGUACAUUGAGCAGGAAAAGCAGAGACCAUUGCUGUGAUGGAAAGCUUUAUACCAUACCUGAAACUCAUCAGGCAUCACAUUUUUUAGAUUGCUUCAAUAAAUGACAAGCAACAAAUGGCAAAGAAAUAACAAUGGAUCAUGCGUGAGUCCCUUUGUAAGUGUCUAGACUAGAAAUCUAGGUGUAAUUCAGCCACUUAUUUGAAUAUUGCACAAAAUGCCAAGUAAUAUCCUUGAUGGUACUGUAUAUAGUAAAGUAUAAUAUUUAUAUUAAAAAUAAACUACUGAAUAUACUACUCCUCAAAGAAGUGAACUUUCAUGCCAUUUGUAAGGCAUUGGGUAGGAUCCUUAGUCUGUUGAUGGGGUUGUAAGUCUUUUCCUUCACCCUCUAUGGUAACAGAGUAUCCUGAACCUUGGGGAGGUGCUUUUCUUCGAACAUCUAGAUAGGGGCUGAGGGCCAUGGCACACCUCAAAAGGUAGCGUUCUUGAUAAGUUGCCCCUAUUUGAUGUGUGUCAUAGGGGCUAUCCUUUACUCAGGAGCGACCCCCGUUGAGCAGCCAGCAGGUGGGCUGGCUGGUUUAGGAAGUACCCAAUGCCUGAGCCAAAAUCUCACCUCACAUCUAUAGUCAAUUAAGUUGUGUCCUGUUUUUAUUCCAAGAUGGUGUAUUGUGGUUCUUCCCCUUCAUGGCACACAAUUAAUAUUAAUAUUAAAACUACAAUACUGCUCAGAGAAGUGAAUUUCCUGCCAUUGGCACACUUCAUUCACGUGGUGACCUCAGCUUAGUUUAAAAUGCACAUGAACUCCACUUCCGGGUUAGCGCCAUCGCCGAAUGGCGGACUCCCUCCGAGCUCCGGAGGGAGUCUGCUCGGCAGGGGCUGGGUCCUACCGCGCCGGCGACGCGGGGACCCUUAAAAACCACGGGCACGGAGUCCGUGGACAUGGGUGACUCGGCUUGCACCAUUAGCGCCCUCCCGACUCGUGAAGGAGCCUUUUUAAAGGCUUCGGAUCGGGUGCCGGGGAGUGGCGUGGUGCUUUGAGUCCACUGCUUUCCCUGCCGAGCGCAGCCGCAUGCCAUUCGACGGAGAGCGCUGACUUCUUCUAUUGAAAAUUUGGACUUUUAACAACAACCCGUGAGUAAUUGGGAAACCGGGUUUAAAAUUUUGGAUUUUGGAUUUGGCACGAGCGGGGGCGAUUUAAAAAGGAAGUCAAUCCCCCCCCCUAUUGUAAGCAUUCCAAAACAAGGACUGGGUAACCAAGGUCCAAAGGGAAGUAUGUUUCUGAUAAAAAUCAUUAAUUCCACGAUGGGAAAUUAUAAGAAAUGUGCUGGAGGAGAAGAGUGGAGGAUGAGAAGAAAAAUGCAACCCCCCCCCUGGGAACCGGGGCGAUUCGUGGAGCCUGGUGAAGAGAGACGGAGACUUUGACAGCUGUCAAAGUGGCUGUCAAAGCUGGAGAAUAUAAAGAGGACUUUAUGAGGACUUUGCUGGUAAAUUUUGCUACAAUUUGCUAUAAUAUGGAUAUAAACUGUUGGAAAAUAAGCAACAAUUUGACUUUUGGAUUAGAGGAUACAAAGUUAUUACAAUCCCCCUAGAGGGGUUUCAGGAUACUACAAGAACGGUCGUAAGUGGAAAAAUACCCUGGGAUUCGCACAGGAUUUGUUAUCUUCUGGGAAAGCUGCAAAACUGAAAGAGUAUUUUGUCUACAGAGGAAGACAAUGGAAUUUUUAUUGAAGAAAGAAAGGGACUGGACGUAAGUUUUUGUUCCUGAAUAACAAACCUCUGCAGAGACACUAGAUUUCUGAAUUAGAAAGUUUUAGCAGCUGAACAGGACAAGAAACCUGAGAAAGUGAGGAAUAAGAAGAAUAAAGGACUGAUUACGACACGGAAAGAACAACGGGAGGAGUGGUAAAGAUCAAGGAAAUUAAAGGCCUUUGUUAGAUUGGACAUUUGAAGUCAAAUAUUAUUUAAAUUAAUAAACUAAAAGAAAACCGGCAAGAUGGAAUCGGGAGAAAUUUGGUCAUGAAAUGAGAUUUCUAAGCUGAUAAUGUAUAGACUGAUGGACAUGGGGAAUUCAAACCGGGAAGGGGGGAGAUCUGAAAUCCAAAGGCUGUGUAACCAUUUUUUGAACUUUUCUAUAUCUUUUAUUUUCUAUUUCUUUACAUAACUUACGCAUGUUAUUUUACUUUGAUCGGACGUGUUUAAAAAAAAGGGAAUUUGUGGAAGGAACUGGGGUGGAUCUUGGGGAAAAUCUUUUUCUUUUUCUGUUAAUGAUGUGGGACGGUGGUAAGAUUUGUACAAUUCAAAUUGGAUAGUGGGUUAAACAAAUUAAGCUUUAAAUUUGGGAGUGAGAGCUUGUAGAACCAAAUUAAGGAAAGGGGAAUACAACCGGGGGGGGGGGAGUUCCAGAAAGUAGGGAAUGAAAGUAAGGUUUUUAAAUAUCUUCUUUCUUUUAUCUUUUUUCUUUGUACUUUUAUAUUUUUGGAAACUUCAAUAAAUAUGAUUUAAAAAAAAAAAAAAAUAAAAUGCACAUGAACUCCAACAAUAACAAUGUCUUAUAUACAUCUUCAUCUGUUACAGACCUGUCCUGAUCAUAAAUACGAAGGUUCUGUUUGCUUCUGCAGUUUUUCAUACAACCCGGUCUUAAUGUUCAUUAUAUCCCAUGAACUGGCACUGUAUGAGCUGUGGCCCAGGUGCUCAUUUUGCAAGAUCAAAGGGGGAAAAGACAUCCAAGCAUCCUAGCCUUCCAUUUCCCCUUUAUCCUUUACCAUUGGAGCUGGUCAUUUUUGUGUGUGGGCGCUUUUACACAUACCCAUUCACAUACUGAGUUGUCCAGCUGCACCUGCUAGCAGAAGCUGACAACCUGGCUCUUCCACAACCUUGGAUAUGGUCUGAUUUAUGAUCACGCCUCAAGGUAAUCUCUGCUUUUGAUCACGACACAGCAUAAAACUAAGAACGUGAAUAAGGGCAUACAGUUGCAGGCCCAGUUAGGAAAUCUCAGUGUUGAUAAUAAAACAAAAGAAAACUCCUUGCCCAUUCCGUUCUAGGAGUGAGAAGUGUUCUGUCUGGUAAAUGUACAGUACAAAGAUAACUUUGGAAUAGCAAGGGACUAUAAAGUAACAAGGAAUGUGACAGCCUUAGACACAUAGACACAGCCUAACAAAAAGGUCUCUUCCCCACACCCAAACCCGCUCUCCUAGCAAUGAUGCAAAAGCGUAUUUAUUCUUGUGAAAUCAACUAGUAAAAGUAAGUUAUUUUCCUGAUUGCUUGCUUCUGGCUUUCUUUUUUGGGUAUAUAUCUACAAACUCCAAAGUUUCUGAACAUUUUAGACUGCCCUGUUUAUUAAACGAAUAAAAAUAAAUCUUUUGCUUUUUCUAAUCCAGUGUAAUCUAAUUGCAGUUGAUGAGUAAAGAAUCUCCAGUCUCUGCUGGAAAUGAUGCUUACGUUGAUCUUGACCGUCAGGUACCUAAUGCCAGAUGUUUUCUUUCUUUCUUUUUAUUAGUGGAACUCAGUAUGCAAUUUUCUUGGCAUAUUGUAAAUGAGUACAGCUUGGGGAUUUUUUGUUUUGCUUUUUUGAGUUUGUAUCUUUUUUAAUAAAAUCAAAGUUAGCAGCAUACAACAAAUCUGAAUCUAAUUGUAUAUAAGCAUUAUGUGUAGAAACCUGGAUGUGAACCAUUUUAUUUAUAGAAUAUGGGUGAACGCUGCAACAAUUUUAGAAGGAAUUGGUAGCUCGGUUAGUAGAGCACAUCCUUCGCUGGCAGAAUGUCCCAGAUUCAAUCUGGGAUGAUUCUACUUUAAAGAGGAUCAAGUAUCAGGUAAAAAGAAAGGCCUCUGCCUGAUACAGUUUUGGACUAGAUAGACAAGUUGUGUGACCUGAUGUAAAGUGGCUUGGUAUGUUCCUAAAUAACCCAGCACACUGUCUCUCCUAGUAAGGAUAGAAUAUCUCCUAGUAAGGAUAGGGGUCUAUGCAGGUUUUACCUUUAAUGUCUAUUCCUUGUGUUUUGUUUCCCAGUCUUUUGUGUUGUGUGAAAAAGAGUUAAAGCAAACAAUAUUCCUUUCAUGCAACUAUAAAGAAAAGUGGUUUUUAAAAAGCUUUAUUAACUUUGCGUGGUAAUGUUUUUCUGUAGCGUUCUUAAUGUACAGAUCGUAGGGCUCAGUGUGAAUAUGUAAAAUACUUCUAUUUCUUGUUUACAUAUAAUUAGUGGUCUAACCAUGAUAGUAGUUGCCCUUUUAAGAUGCUGUAACUAUGCAAGUUGUUACAGUGGUGCAUUGUAAUUCCAAAAAAUCGUUUGUGUAUACGUCUGGUGCUUUCAGACAUUUCUCUGCAGCAUCUCAUAGCCCAAAAGAAGCAAGGCUUUGUCAGUUUUUUUGCCUUUCUGUGGGAGAUUUUGCAGAGAAAUGAUUAAAAAAUAAAACUAAGCUGUGCCUUGCAUGCCUAGUUUCUUUUACUUGUACAUGAAUGGCUUCUUUGGAUCACAGCCUUAGAAAAUUAUUGCAUCAUAAUCUUUUUAGCAAAUGGAAAUAUAUUGUGUUUUAAAAAAUACAGUUGAAGAAAACAACAGAAGAACUAAAUGAAGCCUUAGCAACCAAAGAAGAAAUUUCCCAGAGAUGCCAUGAACUUGAUAUGCAGGUAAGCAGACUAUUGCACAGUAAAUGUAAAAUAAGAUUUUUGACAUUAUAAAUCUCAACCUGUAGGAAAUAAAAUAUUUUUGUAUAACAUAUUACAGAUAUAAUUGUAUAUUUAAAGUGCAUUUCAUGAUUGUGUGUCUUGAUUUGAGCAAGGUCAAUUAUGAUUUGGCAUGGAGUGACUGGGGCAACCCUGUCAGGUGGGUGGCAUAUAAAUAAUAAAAUUAUUAUUGGUGGCUUUACAUGAAGCAGACUCAAGCUUGUGUGCUCACAUCCCACUUCCCUUGUGCUCUCCCUGUCUUCUCCUUUCAUAGCAAACCAGUCUGCUCAGUUUCAGUAUUGCAGCAAAUCAUUCUUUGUUGCAAAAGAAGAAGUUGGGGAGGAGGGAAUAUGUGAUCUGAACCAUGUCUGUGGUGUUCCCAUCUGUCCACCCAUUACUAGUAGCUUACAGUCCAUACCAGUGAAUAUAUUUUAGCCAACUAAGUUUCGCUCAGAGUAGACACACUUAAAAUAAUGGACCUAUGCUAGUUAUGUUCAUUAUUUUCAGUGCAUCUACUCAGAGUAGGACUAACAUUGGAUACAACCAUAUAUAUUGUUGGUUCACUUGUAUUUGAAGUUGCAUUUACUUUCCUUAUUGAUAAAAGAAUUUAUCUAUGCUCUUCCUGCCUUUGUAAGGCACUAUUCUUAUUUUUCUUCCUUCAUACUCCAUUGGUUGUCCCAUAGUUGAACUGUUUCAACCCCUGUUUGAGUUGCUAAGUGGGCAUAGAGUUAUUUUUGGUGUAUGCUAUGAGAAUUACACACAUGUACCCUGAAACAAUUUCCACCUGAUUUUAUUGUUAAAUAUGUAGUUUGAUGCUGCACCUCUACAUUAGUUUUUAAGACUUACUAGUGGCACCAUCAUUUGCUUUUAGGUGUACAUUUGUCUGUUGUUGUGUUUUGGUAAUAGGUUGCUACACUGCAAGAAGAGAAGAGUAGUUUGCUAGCAGAGAACCAGGUCUUGAUGGAACGCCUAAAUCAGUCUGAUUCCAUAGAAGAUCCCAACAGCCCAGCGGGCCGUAGACAUCUGCAGCUACAGACACAGUUAGAGCAACUCCAAGAGGAAACUUUCAGGUAAGAAUUGCAUGGUGGUGCAAAGUCCCAGCAGCCACCAUGUAUUGGAAGAUAUUGAAUUCAGUCCAACUAUAUUAACUUGUUCAGUUAUAUUUUAAUAACUUCACAUUAGGUCAUGAGUGGGGAAUGUUUUUGGCCUGGCAAGCCAGAUCACUAUCUGUCCUCACCUCCCUUUCACAAGCUUUGACAGGUGGGUGGGACGAUCCACUUUUGAACCAUCUGAUAUCCCACCACCCAAGGGACUUAUGAAAUAGGGAACACAAUGGUUUUUCUUCUUUCUUUUGUUUUAGAUCACAGAUCAUGAAAACUUCCACAGUGGUACAUAAUGUUGACAACGAAAGCAAUUGAAAUGUUCACUGAAAGCUUACUAUGAAUGUUGCAUUAAGAACUAGCACAAUUUCACUUUCUAAACUAAAGAAAUUAAAGUUGAUCAGAAAUUCACUUGUAUUCCCUCCCAUUUGUUAGAUUAGGGUAGGCAACCUUCAGACUACAGGCCUAAUUAGGUCCAGCGCAGUCCUGAUUUCUCCUGCAACCUUCUCCAGACCAUACCCACCUGUCUCAGACCUGGCAUUAUUAUGUAAUUUGUUGAAAGGUAAAGGGCAGUUGGAGGAGGCACAGCUUCCAGUGCAUAGUGGGGAGCCGUAAAAUACACUUCUGAUUGUACCUUGUACCUUGGCAGGGGAGGCUUGCUGAGAGCAAGAGAGCUGGGAUAGACCACUACUGAUUUCCCUGUAGGAAAUUCUGUAGCCAGCUGAUUGCAGCAGAAAAGCUUAUUGGGCUUGGCUGCACUACUGAAUUCCCCAUGGGACCGAUUCUUGAAGGGCCUUGCAAAGACAUGAGCAGGACACUUUGAAAGCCCCUUGCUCCUUGCAAAGAGUCCUGCUCAGCUCUUUGAAGCCCCAGUAAUCAGUGGCAUUUCAAAGCACCGUGCAGGGCUCUUUGCAAGGAGUGCCCCACCCACCUCUCAUCUGUUCUCUGGCAGGGUGAAGGGAGAGGUAAGGAUCUGGCCUGCUGACCAGCUACAGUUCCCCACUCCUGUGCUAGAUGGAAGUUUAUCAGCUGGAUGUGGGCCACAGAGCAAGGCCCCAUUAUCUCUUUCCUCACUUUAAAGAAAGAAAACUAUUUUAAAUGCCUGCAUGUGAGAGAAAGAAAUUCCACACUUUCAUGUUAUGCUGCUCUGUUUCAAUUUUGUGUGCAGCUUGGCCGAAUGUGCUGUGUAACUGUGAAGUUUUUACUACAAGAUGGCAGUUCCUGAUGCAAAUAGAUCAAUUUAUAUGGCAAAAUAUAUUUUGGGUUGUGAGGUCACUGGAGGAUAGAGCUUGAAUGAGGCAACUCUGGCAAACUAUUUUUGGAUUUUCAGACACCGUAAUCUAAGCUUUUUUAAAAGAAACAAACAACUCAGUUGUGUCCUAUCUAUGUUUCUUUGUUUUCAGGUUGCAAAAGAGGAAAAUUUGAAUCCUGCCUAGGAGCUGCUAAGCAUUUUGUGUGUGUUGCCUUAUUUAUUUGUUUAUUCAAAAGAAAUCUGUUGUGGUUUACAGAUUAGAAGCAGCAAAGGAUGAUUAUCGAAUUCGUUGUGAAGAGUUGGAAAAGGAAAUUGUAGACUUGCGGCAACAAAAUGAAGAAUUAACAAACCUGGCUGAAGAAGCUCAGUCUCUGAAGGACGAAAUGGAUGUAUUAAGGUAAGCCAGUUCUCUGCCCAUAAGAAUGCAUAUUUCUUCAUGGGGCUGAUUCUCAAGAGCAAAGUUCAGUGAUACAUUCUAUACACAGCUUUCUAAAGGAUAUACGUUGCCGGAUCUGAAUAGGCUACACUAACUUCCUGUCCAUUACUGAGACAAUUCAGUGUGCUGGUUUUAAACUUUAAAGCCCUAAAUGGCUUAGGAACAGCCUGCCUAACAGCUUGCCUCUGUCUGUAGAAGAAGAAUAUCCCGCUUUAUCACUACCCCAAGGAGUCUCAAAGCGGCUAACAAUCUCCUUUCCCUUCCUCCCUCACAACAAACACUCUAUGAGGUGAGUGGGGCUGAGAGACUUCAGAGAAGUGUGACUAGCCCAAGGUCACCCAGCAGCUGCAUGUGGAGGAGCGGAGAUACAAACCCGGUUCCCCAGAUUACGAGUCUGUCACUCUUAACCACUACACCACACUGGCUGUAUGACUCCCUCAACAUUUAAGAUCUGCCUCAACGUCCUCCCAGCAUCUGAACUAAGGCUAGUGGUGUGAUAACUGAGACAGGGCAUAUUCAGAUGUGUCUUCUGCUUCUAGAAUUCCCAGAGAGAUUGCCUGGUGCAAUCAUUUCCCUCCUUUUCUGACAGGUGAAAAUAUCUUUGUUUGUCCCUUUCUUUUUGAUUACUUGAUUUUAUAUUAUGCUGGAAUUCUGUUGUUAUUUUGUAGUAUGCUUAUUUUUUAAAUAAUGCUUUCUAAGAGCUUUGGCCGAGCAGCCGCUAAUAAACGCUUACAUUAAAAUACAUUCAGUAAAGGUUUUCCACCUAUGGAAUCUGUGCAAUAUCCCUCCCUCCAGGCAUUCAUCUGACAAAGUGGACAAGUUAGAAGGCCAGGUGGAAUCAUACAAAAAGAAGUUGGAAGAUCUUGGAGAUCUACGGCGGCAAGUGAAGCUCUUGGAGGAGAAGAACACAAUGUACAUGCAAAACACUGUCAGCUUAGAAGAAGAGUUGAGGAAAGCCAAUGCAGCCCGCAGUCAGCUGGAAACGUACAAGAGACAGGUGAGCACAGGAGUGAGUGAAAUUGGAGCUACUACAUUUCCCAUUACUUGUAAAUCGCUUUAUGCCAGUCACCUUACAAUUUCUUCUGUUCCUCAGCCAAGCCAGUGACCAAAAAAUCCCUCAUGCAGUUUUUCCACAGAACUGCUUUAAAACACUAUUCCAAAUUUCAUAAAAUCCAUAUGAUAUUUUGGAUUGAGAGUUGGACUUGGACUAGGGAUGAUUAGGUUAUAAUCCCACAGCUACAAAACUCACUUGGCGACUGCUAUUUUUAAAGGAUCAAGUCUUAGAAGUGAACUUAGAAAUAGUGGUGAAUUUGUUAACAAGUAAAAACUAGAAGAAAAGCAAUCCCUGUCAUUAACAGAUGUGUUUGAUAGAAUCUGGUCAACUAUAAUUAUGAUUAAAAUGGCACAUUUUAGAUGAGUGUGUAAUGAACUGCCAAUAGUUUUUCAAACGGCGGUCAUUAUUUAUAAUGUUUUGAAAUUAUAAACAUAAAUAUAAAAUAUAAUGCCUUUUGUUGUAAUUAUAUUCUUUUGUACAAACAUUCUCAGUUGAAUCAAUAUUUUAAUUGUUUUAAAAGUAAAAUGGGGAAGGGAGUUAAAAUGGGUUAUUUAUAGGGCACUUGGGGCCCAUGGUCCAAAAAAAGGCUUCCAAUUACCACAUUUUGGUUUAGUUUUAUCCUUCGUUGCAAAAUCAUCCACCUGAUAUUUCUCCAUGUAUCUGAGGAAACAACAGCUUUGUCUUUCUUAAGAGUCCCUGAUAGGGCAGAACAAAUAUUGCAUUUAUUUUAUAUAUCUGGUAUAAUAACCAGAAAAGCAAGUCAUACUCUGAGACAUUGUGUUGAAGAGAGUGAAUUGAGAUUCAGCUGCAUUAAUGUAGCUGUGUUAUGGAGGAAGUUGUGAGAUAUCAGUAGCAGUCUGCUUACACCUUUGGGUAAUUAAUUCUGCAGGAGACAGCAGCUGGACACCAGUUUCAUUUCCAUUAAUACUUGCUUCUCCAUAUCUACUGAUAUUACCACCAGUAAAACAACAGAUUGAGUAGUAAUUGUAUUUAUCUCAGUUUAGCAAUUUCAGUAUUUGAAAAUGGAAGGCAGCUAUGAUUGCCAUUGAGUGAAAAUCGACCAUUGAUACAGCUCCCUUAUCAGCUGGUUCGUUUCAAUGAAUCAUAGUAAAGUUUACCAGUUUAGGGUGCGAUAUAAAGCUAAUCUGCACUUAACUGAAAUCAGGAGCAAAAAUUUCUGAACUUGUCGUUACUGCAUCCGAGGAAGAUUGCAGCGGGGAGUGCACAAGUCCAAGACUCACCUGGGCUCAUUCUUGUAACAAUAAACAGUUUUUUAUUGUUGCAAAUGAACGUGCCAUUGGCUCUUACGAUGAUUCAUACAUUUUUGUGUUAUUGGUGAUGUGAUCCCUUCUUGCUCUUGCAGGUAGUUGAACUCCAGAAUAGAUUGUCUGAAGAAUCCAAGAAAGCAGACAAAUUAGAAUUUGAGUACAAGAUGCUGAAAGAAAAAGUAGACAGUCUGCAAAAAGAAAAAGAUGUAUGUAUCUAAAUGUUGCUUUUUCAUCCUUGAUAGAAGCAACUUUAUUAACUCUUAUCUCUUAAAAGAGUUGGUUUUUGAUGUUGUCCCCUUAUAAAUCCUAGGUUAAAUGUCUUUUUCUGUGCUGUAAUGUAGUAGAUUUCUGGAGUGCUUCUAAAAGCCUCUUCCAGCUCUUCUAUUGGUUUCCUGCCUUCUUUAUCUUUGUCUACCUUCUUUGACCUCCUCUCCCGCUCUAAGUCUCCAUAACAGUUCCUAGUAACUUCUUUUAACUACUGCAACUGAUCAUGUUGUCUCACUUUCUGCGUGGUUUUCUACAAGGCUCCAUCACUGUUUCACAUGUCAGUUCAUAUGUAAUGCCAAAACAUGGUUUACCCUGUCUAUGGGUUGAGCUUGCAUGCUGUUCGCUCUCUCACUCCACAGUUUAUUUGUAUGUUUAGAAGGCCUGUGGAAGCCAUGGUUUGCCAUAAACCAAAUAACUUAGCAGUUCAGACAGGGACGAAAGAGCAUUGUGAGCACAGGGCUCUUUCUUGUUGGCAUAAAGCCAUAGCUUGGAGUUACAUGUCAACCAACCCAUGGUGUCUGUUGGUGCUUGCAUUUUCAUCUGUAGUUUUAGGUUUAUGCAAAUAAUUCCCAGAUCAACUUUCUCAUAUCUGACUUUUUGUCUUCCAUGUGAUUGUUUGAUGUAUUAUGUUUCCUUCUGGAUGUGGGUAUCUCCCAUCUCAGAUUUAAUGUGGUGAAAAUUGAAAUGUUCACUGUCUACCUUAAUCUUCCUCUAUCCUAUGCUUUUCCAUCACUGUUUGUGAUGCAUUUAUCUUUCUUGUUUACCAGAACUAUAGUUAGUUAGCUCAUCUCUGCAUUCUUUUUGACACACUUUCAGGCAACGCCCCAGAGCUGACAUUUUCUCCUGCCACUUUCACUAUCUUUUAAAAACUUCAGAAUACCUUUCACAAAACAACCUAUCACUAAGGUCAUUGUACUCUUCUAUUUAAAACUGCUUCUAUACUUCGAUUCUCUGUUGACAAAGUGCAUAAAAUAAACUUGAAAAAGCUUUCAGUGUGCAGGGAGAAAAUGGAUUUGGCUGUAACACCAGAGCCAGCUCAGCUGUCAUCAACACUUCUUUUCCCUUCUUCAGAUGAUAUACAGGAGUAGUUGCACAACCUUAGGUAGAAAAGCCCUUAUUUCAUUAACUAGAGCAGGCUCUGUGGAGAAAGGGAGGUUUCUCUGUACAUCAACAUCUUCCUCUUAGUCUACUCGUUAAAGACCUGGGUCACUUUCCAUCUUCAUCUCUUCGGCUUGGCACAAGUUUACCCUUUCCUGCUGCACAUAUUUUCUCCCAACAUCUGUGUUCGUUGCUUUUCCUCCCUGCUACUGUCUGUCUCGGCCUCGCCUUCCCUAUGCUUGGAGGCACCUCUCUGCCUCUCCAGCCUAAUGCUGUCUCUCCUUCCUCCCACAAUUGCAACUGCUGUGUCAAAGCCUUAUCUUGGUUCUUGCUUCAUCGUUGUCUGCUUCCUAGGUAGAAAUUAAAUCUCUUUUCAAUGUAUUUCAGCAUGAUUCCUUUUUUGUUGUUUAUUGUUGAGGGCCCUGCUACCACCAUAGUGUAGACCUGCCUGGGCCAUUUCUGAACCUACAUACCAUUCAUACAUUGAAAACAUAAAACGUAUAUUAAUUUCAGGUUCUAAAGGGCCAAGCAUUCUAGAGCAGUGGCUGUCUAGCUUUUUACAUUCAAAUACAUUACUAAGUAUAUGUUAAAACACUGAGAUAUGGCUGAAAAUGGCAGCCCCUUGCCAAGUCUCUUCCCCAGCCCUUCAACCCUCCCUCCACUAACAACUAGUUCAACUUGUCUGGCCCUGACGCUGUUAUGUUGUGCAUUUUGCUGCAUCACUCCAUUUCAUAAGUUGACAGUGGGCAAGGAAAUGCACAUUGUAAUGAUGUUGGAACACUGACAAAAAUUGAACUAGUUGCUAUGGAACUCUUGGUUUUGGCAACAACCCCUCGUUCAAUGUAAAAGAGGGUUUGACUGGAGGUGGUGGUCUGUUGGGACAGUGUGUGCAAACAUUCAAUUAAUAUAUAGCAGGGGGAGGUCUUUGUCUUCUUUCUGUUUAGUAGAUGGAGCUCUAAACUGCUAGGCACGCAGGCAUUAUUGCUCUGGGGGUCACAAGGAGUUAAUGCCUUUCUGCUUUAAAGCAAUGCUGCUGAUGUCCCCCAAAAAGUGGCAUGGGGAAUAUAUCAGAUACUUCUUCACUGCAUUACCUUGCCUGUUUUCCUUCCCCAUAACUUUCUGGAAUUGCUAAUACAAUUUUCCAGUUAGUGCAAGGAACUAUUUGACAGUUGGCACUGGCAUUUUUCCUGUGCUGUUCAAAGCCCUGCAUGAUGUUGAUGGGUUUGAGAUUCCACAAGUCUGUGGAGUCUGGAUAUAUUUACCUACUGCAUAAUAGGCCCUUUCAGAAGACAAACUAGCAGAUAUUUCAUUUCAUUUCUUUGAGUUUUGCUUUGAAGUUCUUCACAUGGAAGACUUUUUUUGGAUACAUAGAUGAUUAAAAUCCUGACAUGCAAUGGUAGCCAUUUUAGCAGUGCUUCAUGAGUUGACUUGUAGAAUUGUCACAUAUUUAUCUAUGUUUUUCUUGUUAUGUAGCGGUUAAGAACGGAGAGAGAUUCCCUGAAAGAAACCAUUGAAGAGAUUCGAUGUGUACAAGCACAAGAGGGGCAGCUUACUACUUCAGGUAAAGAAAAUCAAGAUGAUGAGAUUUCACCUAAAACAUCAUGUAGAGAGUGUGGUGUGUGAAAUACAAGAUUUUGUUGUGGCAUUUCAGGGAAUAGGUUGGUGCUGUUAUUUAUGAGUAUAUUUUAAUAAUCUGUGUGCCCCAAGUUAGUAUCCUUUGCUGGGUCUCUUUUCCAUUAAUAUUCCUUUAUUGCUCUUCCCACAUUUUGGUUUAUAUUACAUGGAAUAAAUAAAUUGGUUGACGUUGCCAGAGAAGAGGGUCAUUUGCUUUAUGGUCCUACGGUGUAAGAGUAGGUUCCUUCCAUAUGGAAGAUAAAACAUGCAGGGAGGGAGGGAGAGACUUCAGAUGUUAUAAAUAAACUGUUUUUUUCAGAGCAUUUGAAUUCUAGAGAAUUGGAAGAUUAGACUGUUGUUUCUCACAAUAUCAUAAAAAUCUCACAGUGGUUUGCUUCAUAGGUCAUAAAAGGUGUAUCAAUCUAUUGAAAUAUAGUUCAUUUGCCUGUUCACCUGGAGCAAUCCUGCAAGGGUGCAUGCGGAUUCAGCAGUUUGAGCUCAAAAUGCCGUAAUUCGGAAUUCUUGUCAAGCACCUGGGUUUCAUUAAUCAGAAUUAAGUUAUAGAUUAUAUCAGUUACAUUUUAAGUCUUUCUUUUGUAGCAUGAAAGUUGGAAUAUGCAUAGAAAUACAUUUGAAAUAAUUUAUUUCUGUCACAUCCUAGAUUAGCCCUACAUGAUCUAAGCAUUUUCUUUUUCACUCUUUAAAAUAGGAUUGUUGCCCCUGGGAGGUCAGGAAUCUUCUGACAGUUUAGCAGCUGAAAUUAGUACCCCUGAAAUCAAGUAAGUCUGAAUUAUACGAUCCUCUUUAUGUUAGGAUGUAUAGGUAUGCAUUUAGCAUUGUAUUUCAUUAAUGUUUUCAUUAGUAGUAAGAGAAGCUGUUGUUAUCAGUCUCCACUCAGUUUAUAAUAUUCCCUCCCCCCGAUGUUUGGUAAGGCAGUUCUUAAAAUACUGUUCUUUCUGUGUUAAUGUUACUGAUGUGUUCUUCUGAGUCCCAUUGCUGAAUUUCUAAUCCUGGCUCUCAUCUUGUUUAUUCAAGGGAAAAACUCAUUCGCCUUCAACAUGAAAACAAGAUACUAAAGUUGAACCAAGAAGGAUCUGAUAAUGAAAAAAUUGCCUUGUUACAGAGCCUUCUGGAUGAUGCUAAUCUCCGAAAGAAUGAAUUGGAGACUGAGAACAGGUAAGAAAGGGCUGUUUUCCCUUCAAAAUGGGGCCAUGUUCCUCUUUUCUUCAGUUCUACUUGCCCUGUGACAAAGGUUAUGGGCUCUAAUAGCUUUAUCUUUCACUGAUCAUAUGACAGGACAAAAGUUCUGUUUCUGCAGUGAAUUCCACAAUAUUUUAAGGGGAGAUGCAUGUACCCAUGGUAAGCAUGAUAAUAUUUGAAAGGAAGAAGAAUGUACUUUUUGAAGAAGGCCAUUGUGUCUGCAGAUAUUUGGUAAACACACUUACAAGCCACAGCUGACCCCGGGAUAUAUUUAUUGCAUGUUUAAAGAUCUUUGUGUGCCCCCUUCAUAUGCUGCUGUGUUCAUCAUGGGAGACACCUAUCGCAUACACCUGCGUUUGUACUGUGUAAUGCAUUCCUAAAUCUGUACAAAAUGCAAAAAGACCCAUGUUUGAAGUGAAGGUCUUAGGGAAGUCUUAUGACACAUGCUGUAUGUUUUUAAAGGUAGCUUUAAAAUUCUUCAGGCUUGAAGACCCAGUUUCUCCUUUCUUUUCUCGAUUCCACAAAAGAUCAUACUCUCUGGUGAAAUUAUGCUUCUAAACUGGGGCUCUAGGAAGUCUUCUAGCCACAAGCUUUAUCCCUGGUGGUUCAAAGGCAUGCCCUGCUAAGCUCUGCUUUCUUGCAGUCUGAGACAAUGGGAUUCUGGAAAAGUUUUGAUGUCAGAGGGAUUUUUUUAUACUGUGUUAAUAUUUUCUUAUUGAUUUUCCUUUGGAAGCAGCUUGCAAGGUGCUGUAUUCAGCAAGAGAUGGCAAUCAAUAUUGUUCUUUUAGCUACCCUUUAAUUCAUCACACUAUAAAGUUUGUUUAUUGUCAAUUCCCCAUUUGGUUGGAAUGACAGAGAGGGUCUUUUCUGUUGCCAUGCCCUGACUUUGGAAUUCCCUGCCAACAGAGGUUUGUUUUGCUGCCUCCUUUUUGGCCUGCCACCUUAGCGUUAAGGCCUUUGGCCUUGUUAUAAUUACUUGUCUAUUAGAUUUUUAUUGCUAUGUUUAACUUCUUCAAUUGCUACCUUGCUAUUUUUCACAUGUUUUAUGAUUUCUAUUAGCCACAAGGAAAGGUGAGGCUAUCAGUGUGUUUAAAAAUAAUACUUUGUGCCACUUGUUCAAAUGCUAUAUGAAUUGCACACUGAAUUGUAAACAAAAUUGGGUGACUAUGGUUUUCUGUUCUUUUUAAGGAGAAUAAAUAAGACUUAAUAGUUGUGUCUGAGAAGAAAGUGAUGUUUUUCUUCUUAUUAUUUCUAGGCUCGUAAAUCAGAGACUGCUUGAAGUACAAUCUCAGGUUGAAGAACUGCAGAAAUCCUUACAGGAGCAAGGUUUAAAAACAGAAGAUGUAAGUGGAAAAAGACAAACUUCUUGCAAUCAGUUUAUAAUAAUGCUGACUUUUCCAGCGUCUGGUAUUCUAACUCAACCAACUUUAAAUUUUCUGCAAAGCUUCAUUUGCUUUCACAUGUAAAAAUAAAAUAAUGUGAUUCCCUGGUUCUAACUAUUUUUAAAUGGGAGCAGAGUUCCCAGUUUCAGAUAAGAAGCUUCCUGCUGGCAAGUCUAGUCAAUAUGCAGCAACUGAGUUGAUCAUCUGUUUGGUGUGUUCACUGUACAGGACCACCAUGUAAACACUAAAUCAUAGGUGGCUAACUUGUGGACCUCCAGGCAUUGUAGAACUACAGUUUGCAUCAUCUGUGGCACAAUGAGUCAGUGUGUCUGGCUGUUGACAAGAAGUUUGUUGGUUCGAGCCCACGCAGAGAUGGUUGUGGGCAGGAUAUUCCUUCAUUGCAGUGGGUUGGACUAGAUGACCCUCGGGGUCCCUUCCCACUCUGAGUCUUUGGAGUUGUGAUUCAGCAAUAGCUGGAGGCCCACAGAUUAGCAGCCCUUGCUGUUAAAAGCAUUCAACAAAGUGUGCCAGUUUUUUUACUUUUCCUUGGAUGUAUAUGCUGUACAACCCCAGCCACUUUUGAAUUGGGGGGGGGGGGAGAUUUGCAUUUUGUAUCAUUGUUAGGUGGGCUGCCAUUCACCUCAUCUAAUUACUUCUGGUUGCUUUCGCAUGUAGUCCUUACAGUGACCUCAGCCACCAUCUUUUGAAAGCUUAGGUCGAGUUGAUAUUCGUGUAUGUGUUUUAUUGAAAGAUGUCUCGUUGCAGCAUUUGUGUUUGAAUUAGAGCACUUAUUCAUAUACUUGAAACGGGUUUGUGCUAGCUUUCCACAGCUCUCUAGAGGAUGAGACAGGAGGAAGAGACCUUAGAGAGCAGAGAGAGAAGAAAAUGUGCAUGCUCUGAGAAUGCCUUGCUUUAAAUGUGUUCUCUUCAAAAGAUACUAAGUAGUUUAUUCUGUUGGCUGCUGUUUGCUUCGUACUAAUCUGUUGCCUCUGUCUCUCGGCACGGGUUUCUGCUGAAGGCUAUUGUGAGUAUGGCUUCCUAUUUACUUCAAUCUGCUCUUAAUCAGUCAAUGCCGAUUUGUGGCUCUCUUUUUUCUUUUUAAGAGAAACGUAAAUGGAUAAAGUUUUUGUUCUUAUUCAUGUUAUGUUUCACACUUUCUACAUGUUGUGCACCUGUGGCUUAGCAGAACCUUAGGGGCGUGCAUCUCCCAAAUAUUUUUAUGUGUGUUGUCGUCAUGGCAAUGCUUCAGCUGCGUUUGUUGCAUGCUUCCUUAGACACAGGUGACGAAGUUUGCAAGUACUGCAAUCAGCCACAAUUUCAGUUAUUUAAUUUGUAGUUAAUGCUUUUACACUAUUUUCAUGUAGGUGUUUCCAUGCAGGACUGAGCCACAUUAAAAUUUACAUUUAUUGUGGUGUUCUCACAUUGUUCUUAUGACAAAAAUAAUGACAUGGGCUAUAAAUCCCUUGUUUCUUAAAUAGGGGUGCCUUAAUAUUUUAUAACAUUCCUAAAUGAACACACUUCUGUGUAGGAAUUGGCAUGAAACCCAUGUAUGAUUCAGCUGCACCUUCUGAAGGGGAGGGCAUUGGAGAUCAUCACUGCUCCUUUGCAAAUGUUGCACAUGGCAAUGUACAUGUCAAUUGCGUAUACAAGAUUUUUACACGAGACUUUCAAUAUGCUCAUCAAAACCUAGUUAUACCUUUUUGAACAAUUUGAAAGUGGUUUUAACAAAUUUAUGUACUAUGCAUCCUUAUAUAUUUAGAAAGCAAAAAAAAUCCAUACUUGGUCAGGUUAGUGCAUUUAGAUCAACGCUGCGCAUAUGCUAUGAGCCUUGUCUGAAUAGGGCAACAUGGCAUGUAUGUAGCAGCUAUGGUUUUGACUUGAGUGGCACCGGUUAACUUCCUCGACCUUAUCUCAUUUUUUUUACAAAGUCGCUGAGGGUAGUAGCUGUCUGACAAUUGACAAAAUUGCUGCCAGAACAGAGCAGCCACAUGCCCAGCCUGUAACAUAGCAUGCCCAAUGCAGCUGUGGGUCAGUUCAUGCAGCAGGCACUAAAUGAGACCAUUCUGCCUGGCUACGCAUACAGCUUGGAGGGUACCACUACUUUUCACUGACCUUCCAACAGCUUCAAGGAUUCUUUCAUCUUUCGAGGUGGGUGAGUGAACAGGUAGCUGCAACAGAUGGAAUGGGUCACGUAGGACCUUGCUUAGGGGCUGCUGUGUGAACUGGACUCAAAAUGAAUUUAUUGAUGCACAUUACAUUGUACAUGAGCGGUACAAAGCAGAACAACCUUAACCUUUUUUUAAAAAGCAUUUUGUUAAAUUGUAAAAAUGUUAGUUCUGCCCAUAAAAUAUAUCUAUAUGCUAAUGUUGGCAACAAAACCCAGUGGUGGUAGUAAUAAUAAUAAUAAUAAUAAUAAUUUUAUUUAUACCCCGCCCAUCUGGCUGGAUUUCCCCAGCCACUCUGGGCGGCUUCCAACAAAACACUAAAAUACAAUAACCUAUUAAACAUUAAAAGCUUCCCUAAACAGGGCUGCCUUCAGAUGUCUUCUAAAAGUUUGGUAGUUAUUUUUCUCUUUGGCAUCUGGUGGGAGGGCGUUCCACAGGGCGGGCGCCACUACCGAGAAGGCCCUCUGCCUGGUUCCCUGUAACUUGGCUUCUCACAGUGAGGGAACCGCCAGAAGGCCCUCGGUGCUGGACCUCAGUGUCCAGGCAGAACGAUGGAGGUGGAGACGCUCCUUCAGGUAUACAGGACUGAGGCCGUUUAGGGCUUUACAGGUCAGCACCAACACUUUGAAUUGUGCUCGUGGUGCACUUUUGUCAGAGAAAAGCUACUUUUGGGAGGGGGGUGAUAUUUGGUAUAAGAGCAGGUGGUCCUUAACCUUUCCCUGCUCCAAUUCUCACCCCUCCCCUGGUGGGAUUCCAGGUUUAUAUUUGUUUUUCCUUGCUUUCACAUGUCUUGCACUGUGAGAAGAAAUAAACUUAAGAGGGUCCAGCUGAAAAGUAUUAAGUACCUGAGGCUGCCCAUUUAGGCUUUGUUGCACACAUUUGCUUUAACUUUUUGUUCUACCCUCAGUUUUCAAAUCUAUGCCACAAUGAAUGCUUCAAAUAACACUUUUUUUUCUUUUGUUUUUAGUCAGUCAUUCUGAAAAAGAAGCUUGAUGAACAUCUGUAAGUAGUAAAAUGUUUUCUGCUACUUAUAUAAGAAUAGUAAAACAAUUAUUCUUAUCCCAGGCAGCACAGUUAGGAGUGAACCAGCUGAAGAUGGUUUAUACAUUGAGCAUUUAAAAGCUAUUUUUAGAUCCUAACCCUAAAUAUUUUUAUUGAAAAGUUAGUACCACCAGUUCAGGGUAUCUUGGGACUGUAUUGUUAGCUUAAUGAGUUUUACCGAUAGGGAUCAGGUGGCAUAUAUUUUGUUAAAUUUGACAGAAGUUUUAGAGUGUUAUUCUGAAAUAGGAAUUUUCCAGGGAAAAGUAGUUCAGCAACCGGUCAUACUCUGGCUCUAUCUUUUUUAAUAGUGAAAAGCUGCAUGAAGCUAAUAAUGAGCUUCAGAAGAAGCGAGCUAUCAUUGAAGAGUUAGAGCCUCGAUAUAACAACAGUUGUAAGUAGUUUUAUAUUUUGCCUUGUAACUGAUUUUUAUUGUUACAAUCGUAAAAACACUUCUUUCAAAACAAAUAAAUGUCUUAACACAGCUAAUUUAGGACUCUGCAUUUGGGUUUUUUUUACAACGCAGCAUCUAGUUGUUUUCCUUUAAAUCAGCUAAACCCUGAUAAUUGGCUCUUUUCUUCUUUUAGAUAACACAGUAUUGUAUGUUUGUAACUGACACUCUAAAUGGCAGAAAUGGAAUAGUCUGGCAUAGGUAGCCUCCACUUGUAUUAUAUACCACCACUGUGUGGAGACAGGUAAUUAAAAAACAAAACAAAAAGACAGGUUGCAAGGCUGUCCCAAGACAUUUUGCUGCCUGUAGCAAAACAGCAAAUGAUAUCCCCUAACUCCCCCACCUCCCAAAAGAAAUUGAGUCAAGGAUCAUGGUAUGUAAGAUUGCCCAUAUCAUUUUGGCACUUGAUGCAAAAAAUCCCACAAACACCUCUCCCCGGGAGUAUAAAUAAAUAAAGAACAUUUUGCUGCCCCUUAAUUACACCUCAGAUCUUCUGCUUGAGGUAGACACUGCACUCUCCUUGCCAUGAACAUUCCCAAUACAUAUGCCAGAAUUAGGCUUGUCAACAUCUUAGUUUUGAGUACCCUGUCCAGCCUCGGAAAUCCAUUUGCACGACAUCAUUUAAAUGGUGUACUAAACUCCCUAACAGCAGUUUAAUUGCAUAUGGGUUCAUGGUCCUUGAAGAACUCGCGAUAAAAAACGUCCACACAAAUGAAACCCAAAGGAAGAGGAGGACACAAGGUUUGCUGUACUCUGCUGCCAAGUUUUCCUCUGCAUCUCCAUUGUUACGCUGGAUGGAGGGGUUUCAACCUCCCCACCCAGAGCGUGCGUGUGUGUGUGUGUGUAGGUAUAGGUAUAGAGAGAGAGAGCUGUCUGACUUGAACAUCAUGUUUAUGUGCAAUGGGUGGGGGUGGGGGGGUUGUUCUAGGGUGAGGGUGUUUACAAGUCAGCAAUCUUCCCUGUCAAAAGAAUUGGAUUUCCAUUUUCAAAUAUUCUUAAUAGCCCCAUAAACACACCUGUCUUUUCAAACUUACUUUAAAAAGUGUUCCUAUAAGCUGUCGGCAAUAUCUGAAAUGUGACAUCUUCUCCCAAUAAAGCUCUCAAAAUAGAAGAGUUGCAGGAAGCUUUGCGUAAAAAAGAAGAAGAAAUGAAGCAAAUGGAGGAAAGAUACAAGAAGUACUUGGAAAAGGCUAAAAGUGUGAGUAUCUUCUGUUCUCCACCACGUUCCUUAGAGGGCUGAGACUUGUCCUCCCUCUGUAGCCUCACAAAAUUAUCAAUUGGAAUUAACAAUAUGCCAAUACCAAGAAUGAGUUAGAUUGGGUUUUAAGAUUUUUAUUUUUUUUUAACUCUGCCAGCUCUGUGUAUCUUGUUAAGGAUCCAUAGCGCAGUUGGUAGAAUGCAUAUUUUGCAUUCGGAAGGUUCCCAGGUUCUCUAGCAUCUCAACCUAAAGGAAUUGAGACGUAGAUGAUGGGAAAGACAUCUGUCUGUCUUGAGACCCUGCAGAGUCACUUCCAAGGAUAACAGACAAUGCUAGAAUAGAUGGGGAAAUAGUGUGACCCAGGAGAAGGCAUUUUCCUGCGUUCUUACUUUGUGCUGUAUGGUUCUUGCCCCUUGCAGGUGAUCCGUACUUUAGAUCCCAAACAGAACCAAGGGUCGGCACCUGAGAUUCAGGCACUGAAGAAUCAGCUGCAAGAACGUGACAGGAUGUUCCAUUCUUUAGAGGUAACUUAUGCUGGGUUAGCCUAAAUUGUUUUAACUUGAGUUUGACACUGGGCAGGAUUCAACCAACAAGUCCCGCCAAUGGAAGCCUUGCGCAGUGGGGCUUCCCCCCACCCCCCGCCACCACGCCCUUCAAAAUUGACUUGUUUCGGAAGCUGAAAAGCUUGCACCGAUGGAACGAUUGCCAUGGGGCUACAUUGAAUUUCCCCCACUGUAUUUUUACUCGGUUGUAUCCUACCCUGAGACCUUAUUGCCAAGGGUGGGUAAGACAUCUGUAAUAAAUAGCAGUACAGUGGAACCUCGCUUUUCGAACGUAAUCCAUUCCGGAAGACUGCUCCACUUCCGAAACAUUUGAAAACUGAGGAUCAAUGGGCGGUUGGCAAACUCCAUUGAAAAAAUGGAAAAACACGCAGCAGGAGCCAUUCAAAAACAGAAGCAAUUACUUCCAGAUUUUCGGCGUUUGGGUUCCAAAUCGUUCGUCAACAGAGACGUUCGAGAACCGAGGUUCUACUGUAGUAGUAACUUGCAGAUCAGUUCUAUGCGUGUUUUCUCAGAAGCAAAUUCCACUGAUUUUCCAACUGGCUUAUCCUCGGGCAAGAAAGCAAUCCUGUCCCUCCCCUGAUGCUGAUGGAUGAGGGCGAGAUUUGCAUUGUGAGCAGCUGCCUAUUCAUCACAGAGAGGAAUAUUGCCAGUCAGAGGGACUUCUCCUCUGCGUCAGAUGUCCCAGCUUUGCCCAGGCAGGCAGAAAGCCUUCCAGUGGUAGCACUUGGAGUGCCAAAAAAAGCGGAGUGCAAUGCCUGUAGCUCUGGAGCUGGCAUAAUGAACAAUUACAAGAAACUGCUUCCUCACACGCCCACCUCCACUCACAAACCUUUUGCCCUGGUUGGUGUGAGUGCCAGAGCUCCAGAUGCAGCAGAAGAUCUGCCACUUCACUCUUUCCUGGCCCCAAGUUAGGAUUGCUCUAUCCUUGUGCAUAGAAUUGCUGCACUGUUGGCAAUUAUAUUGUGCUCCUGAAUGUUCACUCUUAGCUUAAGUUUUCAUCCUGGGCUCCUGAUUUGAAGGAGCAGCCUGAAUGUAAAAACAGGCAGCCAUGCACCAUGUAAAGGUAAAAGGUAAAGGACCCCUGGACGGUUAAGUCCAGUCAAAGGCGAAUAUGGGGUUGCGGCGCUCAUCUCGCUUUCAGUCCGAGGGAAUCAGAGUUUGUCCACAGACAGCUUUCUGGGUCAUGUGGCCAGCAUGACUAAGCCACUUCUGGCACAACGGGACACCGUGACGGAAACCAGAGCACACAGAAACACUGUUUACCUUCCCGCCACAGUGGUACCUAUUUUUCUACUUGCACUGGUGUGCUUUCGAACUGCUAGGUAGGCAGGAGCUGGGACAGAGCAACAGGAGCUCACCCCGUUGCACCAUGUGGUCACUAAUUGAAAAUGCUUUCUUAUGAUGGCUUUAAUGACAUGAGGUGUCUGUGGCCUCUAGCACAUGUUGCUACAACUAAUGGGGAGUAAAAUUCAUGCACUUGGACCUGCAAUGCUGCAUAAAUACCUUUAGCACAAAUGCCAAAUAAUCAAAAGCUCUUGAUAAUGCUUUUCUUAAUUAGAAAGAAUACGAGAAAACGAAAACUCAAAGAGAUAUGGAGGAGAAAUACCUUGUCAGUGCCUGGUACAAUAUGGUAAGUAAUCCAAAGUGAAAAUAAACAGUCAGAUAUGACUUGUGUUUGUGAUAGGUUUUCCUGAACAAGGAUGACUCUCAAAUUUGAGAGUGUUAAAUGCAGGGGCGUCAAUUUGAUUACCAUAGAGAUUUGCAGUUUGUGGUAUGUUUCUACUCUUUGCUGCUUCAGGACCUCUGCUCCAGGCCUCAGGAGGAAGUGUGUGUGCUGUGAUGCUGCAGGAAACAGGUGGGAGAGGGGUGGGAGAGCACAGCAUUGGUCCUAAGCCCCAAACAUUCCUGGAAACUAGUGGCUAAAGUCACUUUUCACACGAAAAGCCUACCUUCUUUCAGGUUUUUUUUGGAACCCAUAUUUGAUUUUUAAAUACUACUUUUCACCCCUCCUUCUGAUUAGUAGAUCAGUUGCAGGUGUAAGCUAGAGGAAUUUUUAAAAUUCUUUCCGUAACAUGACUCAUCCUUCUGUGGCUUCUGUAUCCAGGCCUAUUUCUUUCAGCUGUCUCAUUAUAAUUGUCAAACAUAGUUCAAAAACCCUUCUGAAUGGCUGGCUGAUUUUGCCUGAAACAGCAGGGUACAAAAUCUAGCUUCCUGAGAAUCUCAGCUUUCAUUUUUUAAAAAGAGCUUUUUUUCUCUAUUUCUUGGCUCUGAAGAUGCACCUGAAAGUACGUCAGCUAUGAGCCUAAUAAAAUUUCAGAGGCCUCAAUAAGAUUUCCGGUCAUUGUAGUGUAGGGUGUAUGUGCUAUACAUACUUUCAUGUAUAUACAUAUAGAUGUAUAAAACCACCUCCUGCUUUGCACGCAGACAGGACAGACAUAUGCAUAAAUACACAUUUGCAGCCCCAUCAUGUCCAGCUUAGCUGUUGGAUGGGAAAAGGCAAAUUUCUGUGAGAUUUAAACAAGUAUUCAGCAGCACACAGCAAAGCUAAGGUGGAAAGCUUUUGAAAAAAUGGUGUUCACGGUGGCCCUGUGAUGCGUUACGUGCCUUUUAUGAGCAUCUGCCUUCUCCAAAGUCCAUUUUCUCUCUACAGGCCAGGAAGUGAGGCUUGCAAGUAUUCCUACCCUAAUCAGAAAGCAAUCAUGGAAAUAAAGGGUGGCAGGUUCCUACUGUCGUAGCCUCCAUAAUUCAAGAAUCAUGAUCCAUUUGUGAAGCAGUGUGAAAGGAAAGGUUUUGAUAACCUUAAAGCUGGGUCUAGGGGCAUGUUUUCGUCUUCCUCCAGGAGUUACCCAUACGUAGGGGUUGGUCAGCAAGCGUCAGCUCAUCUGUGGAAGCUUUGCACCUGUACACAGGAAGCAACCUCGUCACAGACAUGCCACUAUAGUUGCCAUACCUCUGAAGUUUAGUUGUUCACUACUGCCGCUGGAGAAUUGAUAGAGGUCAUGCAUGCUGGUGCAGUGUGGCUAAGAUUGUCACCUGGGAAGUUGCCAGUUCAUCUCAUCCCUGCCAUGAAUUUAUUAGAUAGCCUUAAGCAAACUGCUCUCUCUUAGCUUUAGCCAGAACUCUCAAAACGUGCAGUGGAAAUGCUAAAUUUGAUGAUGAACAUUUGGGUUUUACUAUGGACUCUUGGCUCCCUGCCCCAAAUCUGGGUGGCCGUGCUUGGGAAAGGGACGGUCCAGCGCAGCCAACACACCAUAGUAGAGCAAACUUAAUGCAUGUUUUAGUUAUUACCUCUUUCAUAAUAUAGGAACCCAGGGUUAUUGAUGAAGCUAAUCCAUGGCAGAACCAGGACAGACCAAGGAAUUACUGCUCUGCACAGCACAUGGUUCAAUUCUGGAAUUUGCUACCACAAUUUAUAGUGAUGGCCACCAACGUGGACACCUUUAAAAGGGAAUUCGACAAAUUCAUGAAGGAUAAAGCUAUCAAUAACUACCAGUCAUGUUAGCUGCAUUAGUUCCAGUAUCAGAAGUGCUGUCUCCCUGAGUACUGGUUGAUGAGGAGCAUGAAUGGGAGUUUGCUGUUACACUCAUGUCCUCAUAGUGGGCUUCCCAUGGGCAUCUGGCUGGUUAAUGUGAGAGCAGAAUACAGUGGUACCUCGGGUUACAUACUCUUCAGGUUACAGACUCUGCUAACCCAGAAAUAGUACCUCAGGUUAAGAACUUUGCUUCAGGAUGAGAACAGAAAUCGUGUUCCAGCGGCCCGGCGGCAGCAGGAGGCCCCAUAGGCUAAAGUGGUGCUUCAGGUUAAGAACAGUUUCAGGUAAGGACGGACCUCCAGAAUGAAUUAAGUACUUAACCUGAGGUACCACUGUACUGGACAGGAGGGGCCUUUGAUAUUAUCCAGCAAGGCUGCUUUUAUAUCUACCUGCCUUUUGUCUUUCUAGGGUAUGGCUCUUCAUAAAAAAGCAGCAGAAGACAGACUUGCUACCACAGGUUCAGGACAGUCCUUCCUGGCUAGACAAAGGCAAGCCACCAGCACAAGAAGAGCCUAUCCUGGCCAUGUCCAGCCAGCAACAGCAAGGUAGAAGAAGGCCCUGCCUUUUGAAUGGAAGCCAUCCUGGGAUCAAGGCCUCCUUCUGUUACGAGUGACAGCAUUUCAGGAAACUUUAGCCAGCAUCCUUUCUGUAUCUUUGUUCCUUGCGGUUGCUGUUAACCAUUUCAGGAAGGUGGUUGUUUUUUUCUUUUUUCUUUUUUAAGAAAACACUUUCUCAAUGUUUUUAGUCUUACUUUCUGGAGCCUUCCCUUUGUCUUUUGAUGUGCCAAAAUGUUGGAAAACACCUAGUGGAAUGUAAUAAUGGAAUCUCCCCCUCUCUUCCCCUCGUUUAUAUGGAAUUGUCCUGUCUCACCUGAAAGCUGAUGAUGGCUAAGUAGCAAACCGAAAAUGUCCCGUUGGCAAAUGAUGUUGCCAUCCUUUCCAAGGCUACCAUUGUAUAAAGGGAAUUACCUUUUCUUUCUCAAUCCAGUCUGAUCUGUUUAAAUUAUGUGAUGGAAUUUGCAAUGGUGUUGCAUAGAAUUGUUAUGAAAUGUGUUAGCAGCAAUAGUCAGAUGCUGGCAGAAGCUGUAACCUGGCUGCAAGUACCUGAUCGCGUGUGUUCAUGUCCUUCUAUUUAUCCUUCUCUUGGCUUUAAUUUGGAGGGGCAAGCUGAUUUUUGUCCUUAUUUGCCCAUGUUCUUUUUUUUCCUUUUAGCAUCACUAGGGUUAAAAAUGAUUUGAUGUUCCUGUUCCGUUCUUGGUUAGUUCAAUCACCGUGGAAUAUGGCAACCAUUCAUUGCAUGGCCAAUUGCUUUAAAGCUUCCCUCUCUGCACUCUAACCAAGUGGAGCACCCAUCCUUUUCAUUGCCAUGUUAUCGCAGUUCUCCAACUGCUUGGAAAUCCUAGGAGAUGGGACCAUAGUAGUAUUCUACUUACUGUGUGCCUUGAUCCUACAGAUGCCUAGUAUUCUACAUGGUUAAACCAUCAUGGAGAAAUUUUAUGAAGCAGUGAACUGUGUAGAACAGUGCUCUCCUGAUCCCCCAGAUAACAUUUGACUCAAAGUCCUCUGAGUCCCAGGCAACAUGAUCAGGCAUGAUGGGAGUUGUAGUUCAAAAACUUCCCCCAUCCCUGGUGUAUCAGGGUUGAUUUUGAUUGAAUGUCUUUGGUGGAUGCUGUCCUCAAAUUGUCAUCUACCACUGAGGACUAUUUUUAAUAGGUCAAUAAGGAGGGAGAGUCCAUUCAUUGCCUUACAGAUGGUACCAUUGCCUUCAGGCUUGGUGAUUCUGACAUGAAAGCUCGCUGUCCUUUUGUGCCAAAUCUUCAUACAUGCCUGUACUGUUAAUGGGUCUUUGUCAUGAAGGAAGGCUAGCAAUUCCCCUUCAGAUUCUGAUCCUUCCAAGUAUUGCGUUCUAGAUGUUGAGCCACUUGCACCCUUUUCAAAUUAAUGUGUGAGAAGUUUGGGGUUGCUCAAGACGAGUAGUUCCAUAUGGAUCCGCCAUGGAAGUAGUUUAGAGGUUUUGUUGGAAAACUUCACCUUAAAAUAAAAAUUCAGUGUGUCUAACGUUCAGCAGAGAACAGCUUUUGUUGUGUAUCCUUCCAAGUGUAGAUCAUAGUGACCUUUUCCUUUCGAGGAGGGGAAAGGAAUCAGAGAUGGCUUUAACUUGGAAGUCCUCCUGGUUUUUAUGGUCACAUUUUCAGUAUAAAAUGUUUUUCUUCUCAUCCUCAUUUUGUGCGAGAAUGCACAGCACAACUUAAUUUUAAGAAAGGAAUUUUGCCUUUAUUCAGCACCACCCUAGUACAUAAAAGGAGUUCUUAAAGUUCAGUAAUGUGUAGAAUAGUAAUUAAAAGGCAAGGUGUGGUUGUUAGCCCUUUGUAGUGUGGUUUCAAUGUUAGAUGAAGUAAGUCAGGUAUUUCCCUCAGUAGGCAUAAAAGUAAAUAAAAAAAUCCUUCACAGGAUCAUUCACUUGGUAAUCUGCCUUUUUUCUGCAAUGGUGAAUUUGAAGCUGGAGACAAAAUAUGGGAGGUAUCUAUGCAUAGUUUUCAAUUGCACUUACAAGCAAACGUGUUAGAUUGGCAUCCUGUCUUUUUUUGCUGGUGGCAAGUAGUGUACUGGAAGCAAAAGAGCAGUGAUUAGUAUUGAGUUAACCAGUUUUAGAGUAAUGCAUAUUAUUACACUUGCUAUUCCGGGUCAGAUAACAUCUCCAGGAGUCUUAAUUUUGCCAGCUGAAUGCUUCUGUAGGCAAAAACUUCUUAUUCUGUUGGGAGUGGCAGGAGAGUGUUUUUUCUUUUCCACAGGCUGUUGUGCAUCUUAUAGAACUAUUCCUGUUUGUUCUGUGCCUGAAAGAAACUUGAAGACAACUUUAAUUUUACAAUUGAACCCGCAUCUUUUUCUUUUUCUGCUUUUGAUUUCCGUUCUUGCUUUCCUUUCUCUCUUAGCUGGCGCUGGGGUUUUGCCUGUCUUCCACAGCAUAUUUUUGUUUCGUUUUUCAUCUAGCAUGAAAGCAAAAGCAACUUCUUUCUCCACUUUGGCUGCAGUAUUUCUUGUUUGCAUUGAAGUGGGAGGCAGGCUUAUUAUCAAUAUUCUGAAAUGUCAAGAACCCUUCAUUAAAAACACAAUUAAAUUUUACUUUGAUGCAUUGAGAACCGAAUAUACAUUCUUGUUGAUCAUUAAAAACCAAGGAAAGCAACAGUCAAGGACGAAAUUCCCAGAACGACAGUUGCACUUAAUUCCUUUUGAAAUGAAUAAAGACAGUUGUGGUUAAAUUAAGUGUCUCUAAUUUCUAGAGGACUUAAGUGCAACUGACUUUCUAUAUAUCAAGGUCAUUGUGUCUUGCUGCUGUAUGCAGAUUUUGUGGCAAAGACAGAAAUAAAAGGCUUGUUUCUAAAAUAUUUAUAUCGGGUGGAAUGGAAACAAUUCAUAAACCAAGCAAGUCUGUUAAUUUUUUAUAAACAUGUUCACUGAAUUUUCCUCGGAUAGAGCAGCAGUAAUGUUGGCUUGUACUUCCUUAUUUGAGAUGUGUUCUAACGAUGGAUAAAAUUUGGGCUAGGCAAAUGGAAUGGAGUUCAUAUUUUUCUAAAAGAAACAUUUAGCAGCAAGUUGUGUGGGCAUUACCAGGCUUGUAUUUAAAUGUAUCCCUCCAACUAAGUUGUCUUCAGGCAGUGAAGGCUAGGGAGGCGGAGGGGGCUGCUGUAAAAUGAGUUGCCUUGAUGCAAGAAAAAACACACCCUACAGUUGUGUGGGUUGUAGCUUUUGCUUGUAUGAUUUUUAACUUAAAAAUUAGGCAAUGUUCCCUCUUGUAUUCCAAAAAUUUCCAUUUCAUGUUUGUAUUUUUCUCCAAAUUUAGGACAUUGGUAGAUUUUUAUCUGUCUCUUGCAUUCUUCCUGUCGAAUUAGGUCUUUCAUCGGUUACAAUAUUCGGUUGCAGUUGAAUACUGGAAAGUGAAGGGACGCUCUGAAAGGUGUAUCAGAUUAUUUUUAUGGCUUGCAAACAGAUCAGAUAUGCGGCAUUUCUGACGGUGUCGCCUAGUAAGUCAUAACUGGGAGGGUUAAAGAGAGGAAAACCUUCAGUCUCCUAGCCAUUAAAAUAGAUGAUACUGGAGGAACAUAAUUCUCUUUGGCUUAGCUGUGCGCACACACCCCACCCAUAGGGUAAUGUCUGACAAAGUUCUUUGUGUGAAUCACUGCGUGCAAGCAGGAUCAGGAACUGCACCUCCACCUUGCAAAGAGAAAGGUGAAUGUGGAACUCAUCCCUGGGACACCUUUUUUUAAGAAAAAAGAAAGGGACAUUAUUCCUGAAUGGGAGUGCUCAUUUUCAGACUGAUACACAUUUGAACCUGCCUUUAUCCUGCAAUGAACUUCAGGUUACAGGUCACUUAACACAAUAGCCCCAGUCCACUUCCACAUACAGGGGAAGUCUGAAGAUGUGUUUGUGGCUUGAAGACAGACUAGAACUAUCUCCCAUACUAGUUCUGUGUUGGAUGCUGGAAGUCUGGGUUGGAGAAUGGUUCAGGCUGAACCAAUAAAAAAAAAAGCAUCAUCUAAAAUGGACACUCAUCUACAAAAGCUUAUGCCAUAAUAUAUCUCUUAGUAUUUAAGGUGCUACAAGACACUUAGUUGUGUUUACUGCCAGCAGACUGACACUGGUUGCUCUUUUCAAAACACUGUCAGUUUGGGUUGAAUUUUUUAUAAAACUACAUGGAUAGAACCCCAGCCAGAGUUAGGAGAAAAGACGUCAACCUCAAUGUCAGAGAAGCCUUGACGUUUCUCCAUUGGAAGCAAUUCUGAGUUUUUAAGAUGUACAAAAUAUCUUUUAGUAUAUUAAAAACCAACUUCUACAUGCUCUCAACAAUGGUUUUUUUUUGGGGGGGGGGAGCAUAUGGUCAGGAUCUCCUCCAGUCAACUAGUCAGGAAAGUUUUAAAUUGCAAGAGCAAUUUAUUUUCUUUUUCUUUCAGCACAUUGACAUCCUAUCUAAUAUAGGGGUACACAGGUAGUCAGCUGGUAAAAUCCUAUGUGGAUUUAUUAGCAAAUGAGCUUUCACCGCUUAAUACUGUAGCUUAUGUUUUAUGAACCAUUUCCUUGUCACAGCAAUGUUGCAGUGUGUAAGUCCAUAAACUAUACAUAUUUGCUAAACUUCUUAAAAUGUCUCUAAACAGGGUAGUCAUCUUUUUUAUGUCUUUUUAAAAAAUACAUUUCGACAGCAAUUAAAUAUUUGCUGCUUCUAAGCCUCCUGUUUUAUUUUGGAUAUAUGCGAUGAUAUAUGGCUGCUUAACCUGCUGCACUGUUUAUCAAACAAGGGCUCUUUGGUCUACGCCAUCUCUCUUUUUAUCUCCUGUUCAGUCAACAUAAGCAAAACCUCUCAUUUUAAAGGUCUUGGCACCUUUUUAUCCAAAGCAAAAAGUUGCUUGCAAAGAUGCUUAUCUCCGUGUGUGCGUACGAUUUUACCACUUUCCCAUCCAACAUUAUAAAGCCCCCAGUUCUUCUCAGCCACCAAGAGAGUGAAACUUGAUACAGUAUUCAUAAGUUCUAAAAAUGGGUGUUGGGUAGGUUGUUGAGCUCCUGUAGCACUUAGUAUGCUAACAUCCAUUGCCGCUGCUACUUGAUUCUUCCUGUUAACAGUAUUAACAUGCAAGUCUCUUGCAACUUCUUCCAUUUACUAAGCUAACAUUUAAUCUUAAAUGUAUUUUAUAAAUGCACCUUUGUUUACUGCUAUUAUUUUAAAAGUGCACUAAAGGAGCCAUGUUGUUCAAUACUAUAUACAUACAUAUAGAUAUUAUAUAUAUAUAUAUACUUUUUUUUUUUAAUGCCAGCAAAGUCCAGAAAGACAUUUCCUUGGAGAAAGCAGAUAGGAAGUGGUGCCUGACCUCUUCCAGGUUUUUUAUUUGAAACUCCGAGGCUUGACAUAUAUGCAAUAUUUUAUUUAUUGAUGUUGCAUCCUGUCUUAAUGUGUAUAUAUCCUUUCUUGCUUUCCCCCCCUCGCCCACUGCGGACUUGUACAUUUCCUUUUAAAGGCUUCUUUUCCCAUCUGUGCAGAUGUGUACAAGCAGCUCCAGAAAGGAACAUCAGUGGAGAUCACAAAUAUCAAAGAAGCAUACUCUUCCUUGGUUUCAGUAUUAUAUGUGACAUGGCCUUUCUGGAUUACAUUUAGGGUUGUCUGUAUUUAUCUUAUGUUCUCUCUUCCUCAUACCUGCGUUAACUUCCUUUCAGAUUGCACUAAUAUCUUUCUUUACGUUAUGAAUUAUUGCUAUCAUACAUGCAAUACAUGUACAUUAUGUUGACAGUGUAACUUGGAAUGCUUUGUGCUGCCUUUAAACUAUUUUUAAAGCUGCUUUUUUUAAAAAAAGAAAAAGGUUAUACUCUUUUAAGCACAUGCUUGUGCUGCUCUAGAUUCUGUUUUGUAUUGAAGCAGACCUAGGAAAUGCAGCAGCGUGAUAGAAAACCCCGAGGAAAGAUUGCUUUGUGGCUGCAUUAGUAUCUUACUGUUACGUUAGCCGUCCUGCGGGAUGGUGAAUGAUCCUUCCAAGCCUCUGGUCAGCAACCAUUUUUAUAGGAGGGCUGCUUUGAGGAUGGAAUAGAAAUUGGCAGGCCAGCUCUCAAUCCCUGUGCUUCCAAAAUGCCAGCAAGUCCCAUUGGCACUCUGCAUGCCUCUUGGUUGACAGCUGGCCUUCAUCCUGGGACUGCUCAAGGGGACAGACUUGGCCUCAAGGCGUGCAGCUGCUGGUCUCUGCUUUUAAGCCAUAGGAAUUGUCUACACAUACACAGUCAAGUGAAAAAAGAAACUCUUACUAAGCGCUGUAUGGUUUGAUUAGCAGGCCUUUUCUAGCACAGCCUUACACUUUUAGUCCUGGUGUUGCCUGCUUAAACAGAGAGGAAGACUUGUGUUCUGCAGAACCAAAGCCUCUCUCUCUGUGUUGUGAGCAUGCAGAGGGGGAUUAAAUUGAGGACAAGUUAUUUGAUCCAAGACUUUUGCUGAGCACCAGCAACUUCUAAACGUAGUCUUUCCCCCCCCCUAGAAUGUUGGUUGUGCUCCAAAUUUGAUGAUUCAAGGACGUAGUUUAGGUGGAAAUAAACUAAUUGAUCAGUUCCAAAGUAGCAGAGCAGCUCAGUGAAAAUGUGCAGCUCUCCCAAGCUGCCUCCAAGAUAGGCGUGGUGGCAAAAGUUCUCUCCAUUGUUCGCUCUCACCCCAACUUGAGUAAGGAAUGUGUGCGCCAGGGGAGGGGGAAGAUUGAGGUCCAGUUUGAAUCCUGGUUCCCUUGCAGGCUCAGAUCGAAUGUCAAGGAUGAUCAGGCCUGCAUGUCACUCACCAUUGCCCACUUGGAUGUGGGGAUCUCUAGCAUCGAGAAGCUGGGUUGCUGUUGGCUUAGGAUUGAAUUAGGCAGACGUGUAGGACCUGGUAGUAGGAAUUUGAUGUUCAACAUUUGAAUGUAAGACUUGCCGGAUACUUGGAUAGACAAGUACUAUGUAAGUUCCGAACUCCUUGCAGUUUGAGGGGGAGAUGUCCGCUGCCUUCGUUAUUCCAAUACCUAAUCAUGAGACAUCAAUAUCCUCUCCUACCUUUUCUUCUUGCACAAACUUUUGAGUUGCAAGGAAUUGCCUUGUAGUUGGUCUGGUGUGGUUGCUUUUGGAGUCUUCUUGUUUUGUGUUUGCUGCUGCUCUUAGCAUACAUGGCUUGAGGUCAGGGGCUUUUUUGUAUCUUGUGUCUUUUUUCCCCUUGCCUACUAAAACAUCUCAGACCACUAGCUGGAGUCAUAGAGGAAUGUGAGAUUAAAGUAUAAACUCCAAUAGGCACUUUUGGCUGUCUAUUUGAAACGGUUUGGGUUUGUGCAACUGCAACUUUCUGAGAUCCUAAGCAUGUUUUAAACAUAUCGGUUACUGUGUGUUAUGUAGUUUUCGCGUUCUCUCUCUCUCCCCCCCCCCCCUUUGUCCAUUUUUCAAUAGCAACUUGACUGUCCUGAUCUAGAUGUUGACUGGUUACCAAAAUUACUGUUUAUGAAACUGCUGGUGAUAUCCCCCCCCCCCCGUAAGAGUGUAAACUCCUCCAACCACCAAAUAUUAAUUCUCUCCCCACCUAUGAAUCUUACCCUGUAUCUACCAUCUUGCCAUGGUAGAGGUUUUAGUAUGAAUGUGUGUAAAGACAAGGUAAUAUGGUCAGGUGUUCAAAGCACCCUCCCCUUCCCCAUUCAAAUAAUAAUGCUUCCAAGGCUACAAAACCAGUGUACAGUUGUUAAACAAGUUGUAAAUAAAGGCUUAUAUAAAACUU